AGUAUUGGAGGAGACUAUUGUUAGCCGCCAAAGUUGCAACUCCAGGAAAUUGACUAAAGGGGCCAAGCGCUCUUUUCUCGCCCGCGAAGGCGCAGCUGGAGGAAGAGAAGAACGGAAACUUUGUCGCGCGCGGAGAGCGGAAGGAAAAGCUGGUCUCUCCAGGUGAGUAGCCGGCUCUGGAGACGCCGCGUUUCGCGACUCUCAGGAAAGGACUCCGUGUGGGGAAGGGGCGCGUGAGAGAGACUGUCUUUAAAAGAGGUGGGGAGGCAGCCCAGGAUAAAUCCCUGCCACCCACCCCCAUCACUGAGAAAUCAUUCAGUGGCGCUUUGACCCCCCCCCAUCUCCCCCCCUCGAGAUCCGCUUUCUCUUUUCUUGAGAAAAAGAGAAACAAAGUUGAGAACGUGGCCCUAAUAUGUCGCCAGUUGUGCAUCACUCCCCCUUUUCAUGUUUAUUUCAAUUAUGCCUGAUUUUCCAGAAGGCUCAACUUAGAAAAUGAAAUAAAAUCUUUAUCUUUUAAUAAAGAGCAAUCUUCGUAGCACACCGUCGAUGCUUGCUUACUCAGGAGUAGGUCCCGCUGUGUCAGUGGGAUGUUACAUCCAAGUUAAGGUUGUAUGCAGGGUUGCAGACUUAACGAGUGAUGCAGCGCUAAAACUACUAGCAUAUCUGCAAAGCUAAGCGGGGUCCAGUAUGCUUUCAAAUUGGAUGGGGAACCUCGUGUUGAGAUUCCUGCAUUGCCGGGGGUUGGACUAGAGCACCCUCGAGGUCUCUUCCUACUCUACAAUUCUUCGAGGGUAAGCGUUGUGCGCUGCCUUCUGUGUGUUGUUUCUCCCAAAGCGGGAGAAGAACCUGUUGUUGCUGUGGUUGCAUCUUAAAGGGAAAAGGCAUUGGCUGCAGGGAAGUUUUGUUAGUAUCUGGCUACUUGCUAAGCAACCGAAGGGAACAAUCUAAGGCUGGCGAGUUCAUCCGCUUGCUUCUCUCUGAAAGAGUUUUUAGACUUUCCUUCUUAGUUCCAGGGGAAGUGGAAGAGGGGAAGGAAACCACUUCGUUACUGAGGCUGCAAUUCUGCAUGUACACUUACCCAGGAGUAAGUCCCAUGGAACUCAGUGGGAUUUACUUCUAAGUAGCUAUGCUUUGCAAUGACACCAGGCUUAUGUGUGUAAGUUAAACUGAGCAACAGGGAACUUCCUAAAUUCUCCCACAUGACUGGGGGCAAAAGAGCUGUCUGCCCCCUUAAGAACAUUGCACCUGCUGGAUCAGGCCAUCUAGCUGCUGGAUCAUCCCAUCUAGCCCAGCAUCCUGUUCUCACAGUGACUAUCAUGGGAAACCAGCAAGCAGGAAUCGAGCACAGGAACACUUUCCCUCCUGUGGUUUCCAGCAACUGGUAUUCAGAAACAUUGCUGCCUCUGACCAUGGAGGCAGAAAAUACGUAGUCACCAUGGCUAGUAACCAUUGAUAGCCUUCUCCAUGAAUUUUAAAGCCAUGUAGUGGUUAAGAGCGGCAGACUUGUAAUCUGGUGAACCCUCACUUCUCUGCUCCUCCCCAUGCAGCUGCUGGGUGACCUUGGGCUAGUCACACUUCUUUGAAGUCUCUCAGCCCCACUCACCUCCACAUUGUGGAGGAGGAAGGGAAAAGAGAUUGUUAGCCACUUUGAGACUCCUUUGGGUAGUGAUAAAGCGGGAUAUCAAAUCCAAACUCCUACUCCUCUUCUUCUUGGUGGCCAUUACUGCCCCUUGUGGGUGUGAGUUCCAUAGGUUAACAGGGCACUGCAUGAAGAAGUACUUUAGUUUAUCUGUUUUGAAUCUUCCAAAAUUCAGCUUCAUUGAUUAUCCACAAGUUUUGUGUAAUGGGGGGGGGGGACUUCUCUCAAUCCACUUUCGCCAUGCCAUGCCAUUACAGGAAAUUCCAGGCUUCCUCUCUGAUUUUCUUUUAAGGAGGUGGGGGUGUUGGCCAGCAAAUAUCCAGCUUUAUUAACGGUAUUCAAUAUGCAACAUAAUAAACAUUCCAGUUCCCCCUCCUCCUUUCAGAGGGAAGUUUUGGUUUAGGCAGUAAGUCUACAGUAGUGUUAUCCUAAAUGUGUUGGACCUAAGUGAGUAGAGCCUGUCGAUUGCAGUAGGUCUACUCUGGUUGCAUCCAAUGUUAGUCAUACUCAGUGCAUCUCCUAAGAAGUAAGCAAACGAGUUAUGUGGUCCUUUGCAGGGUAUUGCUAUUAUUAUUUUUUACACUAUCCCAUUACCCCUAGAACAAAUAUUGGCAGGGCAAUUGCUGGCUCAAUCAGAGAUCCCAGUUUGCAGAUGGAAAGCUGAGAGUCUGACACAUAACAGCAGCUUAAGUCAAAGGCUCAUAUCCUUUUCGCUGUAAAAAAUAAAUAAAUCUUAAGGCUAUCUAUGUAAUAAAUAAAUAAAAAAUACAUCAAUCGUACUUUCAUGCUUUAUAGAAUUGAGACUUGAAAGCUUCUCUGUUGCAGUACCACCAUCAACAACCAGAAUGUUCUCAUGAGUUGCUCAGCUAACAGAGUUUUUUGUCUUUGAUCUAAAGCUCCAAUGAGUGACAUUGCAAACUCUGGGUUCAUUUAUUACCUCCUGGGGUACAUGUGUGUCUGUGUCUGUGGCUUUGCAGUAUAACCUAGAGGUAUCCAGAUGGUACACAAACCAUGUGAAACACAGCUGGGUACAGAAGAAAGGAGAAAUUCUGUGUUAUAUAAUGUUCUGACUGUACAGUCUCUCUCUCUCUCUCUCUCUCUCUCUCUCUCUCUCACACACACACACACACACACACACUCACACACACACAAGUUUCCUUGUCGUACUGUAGUCUUAACCCAGCCUGUUGCCCUCCAAAAGUUGUUAGACUCCAACUCCCAUCAGCCCCAAUCAGCAUGGUCAGUGACUGCAGAUGUUGGGAGAUGGAGUCCAGCAAUAUCUAGAGGGCCACAGGUUCCCAUCUGCUCUGAUUAAAGGGCUCAUUUUCAAAGAUUUGGUUUUUUAAUCAAGCAAAAUAUGCCACAUGCCAAGCAGAACUUUAAAAAAUAUCAAGCCACCCACUUUGCAAAAUUUAUGUGAUCUCAGAUCACGCAGCAAAGCUGUAAAGCUGACUUUUAAGACAUUUCCUAUCAGUUUCAAAAAUGUUAAAAGCAAAUGACAUCUGCACACUUAAGUUUAAGUUUGGAAGACCUUUUAGUUUCUAUUUUUUAUAAAAUAAUAAAAAAUCCCAUAUGCUUAUUUUUAAAAGAAGAAGUAAUCAGCUGAGUACAGAACUCAGGGCUGUUCUUAGGGCUGUCCUUGAGAACGGGGAGAGAGCUCUGCUUCUCAGCUCUCCCACGGCUGGAAUGUGAAUGUUGACUGAGUGGCCAGCAUACUGAAUGAGUUGAAUUCUGUGUUACAGAGUUUGAUGCCUUAUCUAUUAUACUGUUUAUGGAUUUUGAUGUUUUCCACACUGUAUUUAAUUUUUACUGCUUUAUUGCUUUUUUUUUUUUUUUGUAAAUCACUUGGGGAUCUGUUCUGGUGAAAAUCAGCAUGUAAGUACUUGACAUAAAUACUAAUAAGUAAAUAACUGACCAACUUUCCUCUGGAUAGAGUGCAACUGGUUUAAAAAUCCAUUGGUUUAGAAAUCAAAGAUGAGUGAUGGGUUGAAAUUAAAAUGUACUUCUCCACCUAAGCUGCUUCCUUAUUUAUUUAACUAACUCAGUUGGUAAGAGCAUGGUGCUGAUAACACCAAAGUCGCAGGUUUGAUCCCCAUGUGGGACAGCAGCAUAUUCCUGCAUUGCAGAGGGGUUGGACUAGAUGAUCCUUAGGGAACCUUCAAACUCUACAAUUCUUUGAUUUUAUGAUUCUAAAAAGUACACACCCCUUACAUGACAGAAAAUAUCACAGUGGUCUAUGGAGAAUGAUCUAAAACAUUCAUUUUAAAAACAGUGAUAAAUGCAAACAUUAAAAUCAUUUAUUUAUUUAAAUAUAUAAAAAUAAUGAAUGGUGCCAAUAAUAGUUUUUUUGUGUGUGUUUUUUAAAAAAAAUUAUAUAUGUAAUAAAAUGUAGUGUUAAAAUUGCUGCAUGAUGCCUGGGGAGGUUUGUCAAAACACAAAACAGAAAAUUCAGCAGGUGCUGAAAACAGUGCAGGGAAUGUGCCUGCCUAACAUUAAUAACAUUAAUAACAAUAUUUUAAGAGCGCAGAGAUAAUUCAUGUCUGGAUUUCAUAAAACUUUCCUUGCCAAGAAAUUGCAGCCACGUGUCUUAAUCUUUAAGCACCAUUCUUUGGAAGUGAGCCGGGCUGAGAUCUUUGGGACUUAAUCCUGUAAUUGGUUGCAUAAUAUGGUUUAACUCAAAGUCCCAUCAUUUUGGUACUUUGACCGUACAACCUGGAGGGGAAGGGUGGUCCACAAUAUGUCUAUGAUUCACUGUCACAGCAUACCCUCCAGAUGUUCCUAUAUAACUGAGGUAGGGAGUCUUUUUCAGCCCAAGAGCUGCAUUCCCUUCUGGGCAACUUUUUCUGAGCCACGUCACAUCCCAGAGGUGGGCGGGGCCAGAGGCAAAAGUGGGUGGGGCAAUUAAAAUUUAUCUUUCUACCCGGAAGAGUUCACUUCGGUGCUGCAGACACAGCAGGCUUGUUUGUUUUCAUGUACAUGUACAUACAGUAUAGACACGCAUAUGUACACACACACACACACCUCUCUGUCCUCCAUCGAGGCAAACAAAAAUCAGUGUUAUCUAGUCCAGGCGUCAGCAAACUUUUUCAGCAGGGGGACAGUCCACUGUCCCUCAGACCUUGUGGGGGGCCAGACUAUAUUUUGGAAAAAUAAUAAUGAAUGAAUUCCUGUGCCCCACAAAUAACCCAGAGGUGCAUUUUAAAUAAAAGCACACAUUCUCCUCAUGUGAAAACACGCUGAUUCGCGGGCCGGAUUUAGAAGGCGACUGGGCCAGAUCCGGCCCCCGGGCCUUAGUUUGCCUACCCAUGUUAGUCACUCGAUAUGUAUAUUAAGCUGUAACAUGUUACUACACAUUGCACAUUACAGUAAGGUCAAAACACUCAGUUGCAAAGCUGAGCCAGUAGUGGAUGUGGCUGGGGAGGGGUGAUGCUUGGAGACAGUCCCAAGGGCUGGUCAGAGGGCCCCAUUUGCCCCCGCUCCCAGACCUGAGGUUUACUAUACCUCGGGUUAGAGGCGCUUCAGGUUACAGACUCCACUAACCCAGAAAUAGUACCUCGGGUUAAGAACUUUGCUUCAGGAUAAGAACAGAAAUCGUGCUCCGGCGGCAGUGGGAGGCCCCAUUAGCUAAAGUGGUGCUUCAGGUUAAGAACAGUUUCAGGUUAAGAACGGACCUCCGGAACGAAUUAAGUUCUUAACCUGAGGUACCACUGUAUACAAACAGCCCUUAUUUUCUGGUACUUGUCCCAGUUAAACCCACCAACAAGCCGGGAUCACACAUUCUCAUGGUUUCCCAGGCUCAUUUCCCUGGGAAGAUGGACUGAUAAACACUGUGAGGGGAACGUGCUUCUUCUAGCAGCUCUCUGCAUCCCAGGAUUCCUUUGGAGAGCCCACAACUUUUUAAAGUGAUAAUGAUACAGCUUUAAACAUGCAGUGCAGAUGAGGCCAAACAAACAACCUUCCAAAAUACUGUAUAAAGUAGGUAACAUUUUUUUUAAAAAAAAUCCAGGAACAGAGGGGCACAGAAUUGGGAAAACAGAUGAUUUCUUUCCCGUUUUGUGCCUCUUGGACAUACUUGAGGAGGGAGGUGAUCAGCUGAACAGAGCGCUUAGGAGGGAGAGGAGUCUGUGGCUGGGGAAGAUGAAUAAUCUGAUUAGCAAAGCUGACUUCUCUAAACUGCAAGGGGCGGGGAGAAAUGUAAGAUUCCUCUUAACUGGCCUUUUUCUAUACAGUGUAUGCUGGUAGCAGGAUGCAGUGUAUUUCUGGGGAAAGCAGACAGAGGAACUCUCAGUAGUUGUUUAAAAGGACUUUCUUUGCUCAAAACGGAACUGGAUUGAUGCUUCAUGUUCUGAUAGCAAAAUGUUUAAGUACUUGAGAGGGAGGGGAGCAGGGAGAGAAAGAAGCAGGGAUCCUUCAGUAGAAUGCGGGGAAACAAUUUUUUUUGCGUGCUGUUUGUUCUCUAAAUUUGGCAACUUUUUUUCAGUAUGAAGAAGGGUACAACGUACCUGCAAACUUCUUUAUACAUUUUGCAUUGGAGUAACAGUGGGCAUAGUAUUCAACAUGGUUCAGGACAUAACAAGUUGCUUUAUAUAGUCAGACCAAUCGUCCAUCUAGCUCAGGCGUCAGGAAACUUUUUCAGCAGGGGGCCAGUCCACUGUCCCUCAGACCUUGUGGGGGGCCGGACUAUAUUGGGGGGGGGGAUGAAUGAAUUCCUAUGCCCCACAAAUAACCCAGAGAUGCAUUUUAAAUAAAAGCAUGCAUUCUACUUAUGUAAAAACACACUGAUUCCUGGACCGUCCGUGGGCUGGAUUGAGAUGGCAAUUGGGCCAGAUCCAGCCCCCGGGCCUUAGGUUGCCUACCCAUGAUCUACCUCAUUGCUGUUUACACUGGCUGGCAGUGGCUCUCCAGGGUUUCAGGCAGGGUCUCUCCCAGGCUUUGUGGAGAUGACAGGGGUCAAACCAGGGACCUUUUUGCAUACAUCUCAAAUGCCCUGUCUGACCCAUGGAGAGAUGCUGCCAGUCAAUGUAGACAAUAUUGAUCUAGUUAGAGCAGUGGUCUGACUUAUGUCAUAUAAGUCAGCUUAUGUUCCUCCAUGAUUUGUCUUCUCAUAUUUGAAUACUGCUUUAAAGGUGACAUCAAUAAAUAGUGUUGGCUCAGAUUUUGGAGGGUCUUUUGAGCAGGACAUCUUCCGUAAGCCACCUCCCAUCACCAGCUUCAAUUAUCCCACCUCCACCCAUAGCCACCAGCUUUCCUCUUUCUCAGUGCAGCUGACAUCUGCUUGCUUGCCAGAGGGCAAGCAGGAAGAUGCAGCUACUCUUCCUCCACCUUCUCACCACCACCACCACUGAUCUGCUUGCUUCCACCCUCUGAAAGUAGUAAGAGCCUGCUGGAUCAGGCCAGUGGCACAUCUAGUUCAGGACCCUGUUCUCAUAGCGGCCAGCCAGGUGGUUAGGGGAAGCCAACAGGCAGACUCUUAAGUGCAACAGCCACUCUCUCCUACUGUACUUUCCAGCAACUUAUAUUCAGAAACAUACUAGCAGGGAUACAGGCAACUUGCAACUUAUAUCCAUUUAACUUGAGAGCAUUUUGUUUUAUGUGCUUGGCAAAUCUUUAAAAAAAAAUAUGGAAAGGAGACAGCCAUCUGGGAAAAAAGACUUUGCCAAUUCCACCUGCCAUUGAACCCAAUGUGCUUUGGCUUUAUAUGCUAUCCCUGGAACAUAACCCCUGUGUAAGUUGAAUCACCUGUAUUUACUAAAGGCUUCAGAUAUAGAUGACCUCAUUCCUGCAUCCCAUGGCCUCGGUGUAAUGCAUAUUUUCCUGCCCUCACCAGAAUUUAAUUUAAUAUUUAUUUAAUUAAAUAAUAAUAAUUUAAUUUUUUUUAUAAAAAAAAUUAAAAUCCAAAUAGUUGCUUUAAAAUGAAAUUAUAAGGGUGAUACUUAGGAGGCUGCUUCUUGCAACUGGUGCCUUCAUUUCCACCAAGUUGUCCUAUAACUGAGCCCUAAAUACAGUUUUUUUUAGGAUUGACAGCCUGCACCUGUUUGCUUGCCUUUUUGAGUUGAAAAAAGAGAGAGAAAGAUCAAUGUGCUUGGAUAUAUCAGGAAGGGUGAUCAAAGAAUGUGAACGGACUCUGAUGACUAAUGAGAGUUAAUGCACUCAUGCCACUUUGCCAGUUGCCCAGUGGCAUGUGAUACAUUAGCAAUGGAUCAAUUGCAAGUUAGAUAAAUAAAUAGUGUCAUCCUGGAUAAAUAUGUUCUGUUUCUAGUUCAAGUCAUUUUGUCUUGCUGCACCGCUUUCUGUUUAGAGCGAGCCUUUCUCAGUUUGAUGUGUGAAUGGGAGGGGAUGAUAUUUAAAGGGGCUGGAAGACCCUCUCUUAAAGACAUAAAGAGAGUCCUACUGGAUUAGACCCAAAAGUCCAUCCCAUCACAGCUUCCCACAGUAGGCAACAAGAUGCUUUGGGGAGCCCUACAAGGAGGACAUGAAAGCUACCUCCCCUUCUUCCACCCACAGGUGAUUGGUAACUAGAGAUAGACUGUCUUUCAGUAUGAAUGGUCUAUAUCAGGGGCACAGGUGCUGGGUGUUGAUUUAAGCAGAGUCUGUCGUGGCCAGCGGAAGGAUGAGUAAUACGUGUUACAUACUCCAUAUUGCUUUAUUUACAGUUCAAAGCUGGUAUAUUACAGAAAGACAUCUUGCUUCUGCUUGGAGCAGAGAAAAUGCAUCCUCUCUCCUCAACAGCUUGGAGAGAAUCACACAGUGAAAAAACAGGAAACCAGUGUACGUCACAUCCAGUCUCCCUUUCCCGUGAGAAACUCCAACAGUACAGAUUGUGGAAUGUAAACACCUGUCUUGUGACUGCAGUUGCUGCUCAGUGAAGGAAAUAGAAACCAACAUCCUCCCCUUUCUGUGAACAUCACUGGGCAGCGUGUUUGCACAAUAUCAGUACAAACCCAACUUCUGCACAUAGGUACAGUGUUGAUCCCUUGAUACAAUCUUGGACAAUACAUCAGCAGGAAUUUCAUUACCUGGCAUAUAGGACACCGUUACGAGUCCCUUCUGAAUACAUUCCCUAGCAUGCUGCAACUUUAAUUGCAAGUGCUUUGUGCUUUGCUUACAACCUUCAGACUUCAGCAAAGCCAAACAUGCUUUGUUGUCCUGGUAAACCUGGAUUGGACAUUUGACAGGAAUUUUCAUAUCUUUGCACAAUUGUACUAACCAUUCACAAUCUUUAAGUGAAUAAGACAGUGCAUUCAGUUCGGCUUCACAAGUACUUAAGCUAACUGUUGUUUGCUUCUUGCAUGACCAAUCAAACAGACUCUGAUUGUACAUGUAGCAAACUCCAGACGUACUUUUCCUGUCUGUAGCGUCACUACCAAAACUUGCAUCUGCAAAUAUCUCAAGACCACCAGACUUCUGAUUGUUAAAUCUCAGUCUGUAAUGCAUAGUGCCUUUCAAAUACCGCGCUAUGCGUUUCAGAGCUUUCCAAUCCUUGACACUAGGAUUGUUGACUUGUCUGCUUAGCAAAUUACAGCUAACAGCAAUGUCUGGUCUUGAACAUCUUGCAAUGAAGUUUAGCUUGCCUAGCACACUCCUGUACAGUGUAGUGUCAGAAAAUGCUUCUUCAGUGUCAUCUACCUGAUAACCUGUUGUCAUCGGUGUGUCUACAGGGUUAGCACCUAUCAGAUUUAGUUUGCUUAACACAUCAGCAAUUUUCCGUGACUGGUGUACUAGAAUGUUACCAUCUUGAUCUCUCUCUAUUUCCAGAGAUAGGUAGUUGUUUACCUCACCAAGAUCUUUCAUGUCAAAGUGCUCUUUCAGUUGAGCUAGGGCGUUAUUGUACAUUGCGACAUCUUUCCAAAAGAAUAAUAAAUCAUCAACAAAAAACAAACAGUACAGUUUCUUUUGCCCCUCCUCUUUGACAAAUACACAUGGUUCAUAUUUACCUUGCUGAAAUCCUAGAGAAAACAAUACUUCAGUGAGUUUUGUGUGCCAACACCGUGCACUUUGUUUGAGACCAUAAAGGGAUUUCUUCAGAGCACAAACAAAUCCCUGUUUUACCUGUACGCCAUCAGGUGGAAGCAUAUAAAGUGAUUCAUCUAGAGAUCCGUACAGAAAAGCUGUAUUAAUAUCAUGGUGACUAAUGUGUAGAUUUUCCUCUGCAGCUAGCUUGAGCAUAAGCCUAAUGCUUUCAUAUCUCACUGUGGGUGAAUAGGUCUCGUGAUAGUCUUCACCUGGUACCUGUGCAAAACCUCUGGCUACCAAUCUGGCUUUGUGUCUGACUAUCUUGCCAUUUUGAUCUGUCUUCGCUUUGAAGACCCAUUUGCUUCCAAGCAGUUUCAUUCCUGGAACUACUGGAACUAGCUCCCAUGUUUUGUUCCUUUCUAAGGAAUCAAGCUCAGCCUUCAUGGCAUUUAACCAUGGCUCAGCUUCCUUUGAAUCCAAAUCCUGGAUUUCUUGGAAACUUGAAGGUUCAAAUACCUUCUUGGAGCUUUUAACAGCUGUUACUGCUAUCUUAGCAAACUCAUCAGCAAAUCUCUUUGGAGGUUUGCUUUUGUGGCUCUCUGUGACCUACGAAUUAGCCUUAAGUCUUCAACACUCUCCUCUUCCUUCUUAGGAGAAAAACGACCUAUUGUGAACAAUGGUUCCUCCAAUUCUUGAUCAGAGCUUUCAGAGGGUCGCAUAGAGGCUUUCGCACUCUUGAAAUCCUCUGAAUCACCCGAUUCAGUUUCAGAUUCAGACUCAGAACCUUCAUCAGUGGGUGUGGGCUGUUGUGGUUGCUUUUGACUAUCCUCAGUCUCAUCACCGUCAUCAGGAUAACAUUGGAAAAUUCCCACAUUCUCCCCCACUUUGCAUUGUACUCAACACUUCUCGUGAGCUUAAUUGUCUUAGAGUCAGUCAUCAUUAUUCUGUAAGACCCUUUCUGAUAACCUAGAAAGAUACCAUGCAAUCCACGCUUGUCUAACUUGGAGUUUUGUGGUGAGCGAACCCACAUGUCAGAACCAAAAAUCUUCAUGUGUUUGAUGUAUGGCUUCUUGCCAAACAUCUUCUCAUAGGGGGUACAACCAAUCGCUGAAGAUAGCCUGCGAUUGUAACUGUAAACAAAACACGAGAGAGAUUCGGCCCAAUAACUCUCUGGAAGAUUGGCAUCAUGCAGCAAGGUUUUUAACCCUUGAAGCAAAGUCUGAUUUGCCCGUUCCGCAAGUCCAUUCUGCCAUGGCGAGCGAGGACUAGACAAAUCGUGUUGAAUUCCUUUCUCAGUCAGAAAAGCUUCAAACUGCUGAGAAGUGAAUUCCCCCCCGCGAUCACUGAAAAGAGUCUUUAUCUUCUUACCAUGCACAUUUUCCAACCAAGCACAGAAUUCCUUGAACCUAGGAAAAGCCUCCGAUUUCUGCUUGAGAUUGUACACAAAAAUAUAUCUAGAAAAUGCAUCAAUGAGAACCAUGAAGUAUCUAUUUCCACCCAAAGAGGGCGGUAGUGGUCCAACCAAAUCAGCAUGAACAACCUGGUAUGGUUCUGUAGCUUUCCUACUAGACACCUUACCUUUCGCAGCCAUUUUCACCUUGUUUGCUGCGCAUGCUUUGCACUUCAUGUGGUACCUGCAGGGUUUAAUAGUCAUACCUUCAACCAAGGCAGGCAUUUUAGAUACUGCCUCAAAAUGCAAAUGACCAAAUUUGCGAUGAAAUCGUGAAUACAUUCUGCAUGCAAACUUUUGUUAGAACCUGCAAUGCAACAAGUGUCAUCCUGCACCACAUCAUCAUAAUACAAAACAAACAAAUGAUCAACAUAUUCUGCAUGCAAUACAUAAUCAUUUUUCUUUGUGAUGAUGCACUUCUUGUUCUUGAAGGAAACGUCAAUGUUCCGCUCAUUCAGCUGUCCAACGCUGAGCAGAUUAUGUUUGGCGUCUGGCACGUAAAGCACAUUCUGUAUCGAUAAGUCCAAACUGUGAAGAACAACAGUUCCGUAGCCUUUACUGGGAAUAGUGUGGUCAUCCGCCUGGUGAAUCGCACCUUCCUGCGGUGUAAAAGACACAAACAGUUUCUUAUCGUUGCACAUGUGGUGGGUGGCCGCUGAAUCAACAACGAAGAAAGAUCUAGACGUCUUCUGGACCUCUGCAACCUUUGGAGUGAAGCGUGAAACCAUAGCCUUGUGCUGCGUUGUCCUAGACACCGGACCUUUGCUUUUGCCUCGGCCUUUUCCGCGUGAUGAGCUUUCGCUGCGCUGCUCUGUCUUGGCCCUGGGAUGUCUGCAUUCCCUCUUCAUAUGGCCUAGACGUCCACACGAGUAGCAUUUGACUGCCUUCAAAGCUUUGGCGCCAUCUGGUGGUUCCACUGCACUAUGGGAUGACGUCUGUGAAGACUCUCCCUUGCCCAUGCAGCUAGCACCCCGGCGAUCUGCUUCAUUUAAAAUCACGGCAGUAACAAAGUCCACUGUCAGCUGAGCAGUUGGUUGCACAGCAAUCUGGGUUGCAACAGACUCCCAACCUGAACCCAAAGAUUGUAGUAUCAUGAAAGAAUACACAGCCUCUGGAAAGUUGAGUCCUCUCUGUUGCAGCUCAUGUCUCAGAUUUUGCAUCUCUAUCAGAUGUAAACGUACAUCUCCACCUUCAGCAAGAGCCAUAUUAUGCAGCUUGUUAAAGUAAUACAUAGUGGAUCCAGCUUCUGUCCUUAAGUGAGCCUCUCUCAGAGCGUCCCAAAUUUCUCUGGCUGAGGUCUUAUCACGCAAUAGACAGAGCUCUUCUGGGGAUACUAUCAAUGUAAGAGUUCCCUUGCUUUGGAAUCCUUAGCUUCCCAUGCAUCUGUAACUGGAACUGGGGGGGUUUCUGUAAUCACCUCAAACACACCCUCUUUCCGCAGAAUUGCCUCUGCAUACUGAACCCAGUCGCUAUAAUUUUUCUUGUUGAGCUUAGGAAUCCCACAAGCAUCCUGAAGGGCCAUCAUGACUCUGGCAUUAGCCUUCAGCGUCAUUAUAUGCUGCUUUAAAUCUUGCUGCGUCACUGCUGCAGCUGCCUUAUCACAAAGGCACUCUUAAAAGUUACUUUCGAUUUCCCCAGCAUAGUGACUUGUGCCUGGGAGCCUUUUGCCUUUUCCCGGCAAAACCGGCUUUAAAAGUUCAAAGUCCAGCCAUAAAGCCAUUAACUUGAAGCUGGCAGGCUGCCCGGAGCAGUAGCACAUACCUCAUCAAUCACUUCUACGCGCAGAGCAGAUUCCUUUCCGAUCCGUCCCUCUGCAUUCCGAUCCUCUGCCGGCACUCCGAUUCGACUCCUGGGCCCAUAACCACGUGUUGAUUUAAGCAGAGUCUGUCGUGGCCAGCGGAAGGAUGAGUAAUACGUGUUACAUACUCCAUAUUGCUUUAUUUACAGUUCAAAGCUGGUAUAUUACAGAAAGACAUCUUGCUUCUGCUUGGAGCAGAGAAAAUGCAUCCUCUCUCCUCAACAGCUUGGAGAGAAUCACACAGUGAAAAAACAGGAAACCAGUGUACGUCACAUCCAGUCUCCCUUUCCCGUGAGAAACUCCAACAGUACAGAUUGUGGAAUGUAAACACCUGUCUUGUGACUGCAGUUGCUGCUCAGUGAAGGAAAUAGAAACCAACACUGGGUAGCCCCCAAGAUGGGGGUGGCGGUACAUGGCUCAUUGCAUGAUAUUACACAUAUUUUCCAACACUGUGCAGGCUGCACCAGCAUGGCCUAGUGGAAGACUGUGUUGGCCUGUGCAAUGUUGGGAGAUGCUUCUCAGGCUGGAGCAACCUUGCCUCCUCUGCAUCUUCAAUUUUCAGGGGGCUGAGCCCUCUGCUAAGGAAUAUUGAGGGGGCUGAUGACACCUCUGACCCUCAGAGUUGGCAUGCUUGAUCAGGGGUAGGAAACCUCAAGGCCAGGAGACAAAUGUGGCCCUCCAGGCCUCUCUGUCUGCCCCUUGGAACGCUCCACAGUCUCACCCAGUUGCAUUCCUCAGUGACCCUCCUCAAUGCCCUCCUUUGAUUGGAGCAGGGGCAGUUGACCAAUCCUCAAUUUCCUUGGUCUAUAACAUACCAGCAUCUGUUCAUUUUUUGCUCUGGGAUUAAUAACAGUUUUGGUGAAGAGGGGCAAUUAAAGGGGGAGUUGGUUGAAUGGCUCCCCAUCGCCAUUCUAUAUAGUUGGCCACUGAGCAUGCUAAAUCCCAUUCCUGGGUUUUUUUUGGGGGGGAUAUUCUUUGUAUUUCUACAAAUCUUGGGGUUUCUCUUAGCUCCCCUCCUCUGCAUGGAUGGUGUUGCUUUGGCUACAAUAGCAAGGACACAGGUCUCUAACAUCAGAAAUAAAAGGUGAUGAUGGGACCGCCAAUGAAUUUGACUCUUAAGAAAAUUAAUUCCCUUAGCAAAUACUGGUGUACGUGUGUUCAUGCCUCUUUUGAUUGGUUUUUAUUACAUUUAUAUCUCAUCUCUCCUCUAAGACUGCAUACUUGGUUCUCCUCCUCCACAUUUUAUUCCUCACAACAACCUUAGGCUGGAUCAGCCCCAAAUGUCCAUGUAGAUCUCCCUUCCACAUGUGGCUAACUUAGGUUCCAGUUAACUUAAGAAGAGCCCUGAUGGAUCAAGCUGAUGAUCCAUCUAAUCCACAGUUGCCAACCAGAUGCCUCAAUAGGAAGACUGCCAACAGUGAUGUUGGAUUGAAAAUAAGUGGUUUCCAGCUGCACAGGUUAAAGUUAACGAUAGAUUAAGAUUAAAGAUUAAGAUUAAAGAUGUUUAAAGAAAUGGAAAUUUGAUAAUAAAAGGGAAAAAUUUAAAGCUAUAUGACAUUAAGAGCAAGGAUUAGGUUUAAAAAAGUUGAAGUUAUAUAUUUUAACAUCUUAUUAAAUUAAAGAUUGGGAUUAAAAAAGUGGAAAAGAAACUGCUGGACAAAUAAUGUGGAUUGGAAUACAAAAGAGGGAGGUAUGAGGAAGUCCAGAAAAUAAGUAAUUUAAAAUUGGAAAUGGAAAAGAGAGUUUGUUUUUAAUUGUUAUGUGUUGUGUUUUUAUUGUUAAGUUUUGUAGUGUUUUUUGUGUGUGUUGUUUUUCUUUUUUCUUUGUUUAAAACCUUAAUAAAAAAUUAUUAAAAAAAAAAAAAAUAGGAAGACUGCCAACAGAACCUGAGUGCAACAGCACCACUUCCCAUUUGUGGUUCCCAGCAACUGGGAAAGUCCACAAGCCCAGUGUGAGUGCAACAGCCUUCUGCUGCUGUUCUGGCCUAGCAACUGGUGCUUCAAGGUGCUCCUGUUUCUGAACCAGGAGGUUGCAUAAAGCAAUCAUCUGGUAGCCAGUCAAGGAAAAGUGGUCAUCAACCCUCCUCCAUCCCUGACUGAUAAUCAGCUAUGUUUUGUCUCUGCCUACUGGCUAAGCAUCUACUGCCAAUGAGUUUAUCUCUGCCUGCCAGCCUGUUUUUUCUUUUGUCUUGAUUCUGAGUUGGGGCAAAUCUGGAAUGGUAUUUUUAAUGACUGCCCCCCCCCCCCACUUGUUGUAAGAAAAUUUGCCAUUCAACAGAUCCAAUUCCCCUUAGCACAAAUAAUUGAUUAAGCAACUAUCUGGGAUGCUGAAUUGCAAAGCCAUGUGAGUGAAAUGAACAAGUACCCAGAAAUCAAAGAUAAUGGGAGGGGGUUUACUUCAGUGAGGUAUAUAUCCAAGCUAGACAUACCCAAAUUUAGAAGAUCUUUUACCCUUGCCAGAUUCAAUGUCCUACCACCUGCAUUAGUGCAGGGCAGAUUUGAAGGUAAACCAUAUUCAGAGAGAAUAUACCCAUGUGGUCUGAAGGAAGCUGAAACUAUUACUCAUGUCCUAUUAUGUUGUCAUUACUAUAGGAACAUGUUUGGUAUUUAUCACUCCAAUCAUGCAGUGAACCCCAAGCAGAUCUGAUGACCACUACUUAAAAUAUCUAAUAGAGGACUGGGAACCAGAGAUUACCUUAAAAGUGGCCAAAUUUUGUGCUGCUGCUAUAAAACUAAGGAGACAAUCUCUGAAUGUAUCUAAUGGCCAAUGUCUUAACAUGCAUAUUUUAAAUUAGCAGCUAAGGUCUUAACCUACAUAUUUUAAUGGUUUUAUAUCCGUAUUAUUUCCCGUGCUCUAGCUUAUAGAGUUUAAUUUUAACCUAUGUAUAUUUACAUGUUCUCUAUUGUUGUAUAUGUCCGUAUUUCUGGUCUGUGACCAUAAUAAAUUGAUUCAUUCAGUUUCAUUCAAAUUAUUGAUUUCAGCCUUAUAGUUAAAGAGCCUCUGCUGUUACUGACAAAGGUUUUGGACCUUUCUGUUAAAUCUUAACAUUUAAGAGAUGCAGAGGCAGCUUCAUGUUCCAAGGGUCCCAGUUCCAAGUGGCAUGUUCUGUAAAAAAAACCUGUACGUUUUCUAAUCCUUAUGAUUAUAGGCUUGGAAAUGUCUGGGCAAUGUCAUCUGAAGUGUCAGAAGCUGGCGGAAUUUCUGAAUAAACUUUCUAUUGGCCAAAGGGCUGGGCUUCUUUACCUUUCUCCAUGACUAGAAAAAUCAGAAUUAAAUGAUGCAAUGUAUUCAUUCCCAAAAUUUCAAAACCAAAAAGUAGUGGUGGCUGGUCUACUGGGGCUAACGAGCCCCACCAGCCUCAGUCUGCUCUCAGCCAGCCUUCACCUGCCUGUCUCCUCACUUAUAACCAUUCAGGGGGUGGCUCUGCCUGCCAUUUAAAAGCUCACACUAAAAUAUUAACAAGGCAUCCCCAAAAGGGAAAAAAGCGAGAGUUAUCAUUUACUGGGGGAGAGAACCAGCAAAAGGGAAUAAUGGGUGCAGAUGAAGUAGCUUGAAUAAGCUGUUCAAAAAGAAAAAUCCUAUAUAAAUUCCCUCUGUUUCUUAAGUUCAGAGUAAGCAAAUGGUAACCAAUAAGUAACAUGAUACCAAAAUAGUACCCUCCGCAUAUGAAUGGGAGAUAUCAGUAGGCUUAGCGGGGAAGUCGGACCCCCAAGCUUAUCAUUAGUACCAAAACAUCUCUAGCAGAAUACCAAAGGAGUAGGGGAGACAGCCAGAUGGCCCAGAAAGGACAGAGCCAUGCUUAGCCACCAUAGAAUACUGACUGGGUUUUGGGGGGCAGAGGGGGGGGGCAGAAUGAAAAAUUGGCUGGGAUGGGAAUGGAAAGGAGUAUAGUGGAAGACAAUAUGGCUGGCUGGCAGCCUCGAGGAAUACUCCCUGCAGUAGAAUCUUGCUGCAAGUCUCACAUCUACAAAUAUGUAUAACUUUAAAUAAUCGAUAAAAGAUACAGGAGUAAACAGUUUUGUUUAGCUUGGAGCAUGGGGUGGUUUUUUUUAAAGAGUACAGUGAUACCUUGGUUCUCAAACACCUUGGUACUCAAACAACUUGGAACCCAAACACUGCAAACCCGGAAGUAAGUGUUUGGGUUUGCAAACUUUUUUUUGGAAGCUAAACGUGCUCUGUUUUGAGUAUUACACUUCCGAUUUGCGUGCCACACUUCCGUUUUGAGUGUUACACUGAGGUCUGUCUGUUUUUGCUAUUUAUUUUGUGUUUUUUUGCGGCUCUUUUUCUUUUGUUUUUGUGACUGUGUGGAACCCACUUCAGCUACUGAUUGAUUGUGUAACUGCAAUACAUUGUUUUUUGCUUUCAUUUUAUGGAUCAAUGGUCUCGUUAGAUAGUAAAAUUCAUGUUAAAUGGCUGUCUUAGGGGUUGUUUUUAGAAGUCUGAAAUGGAUUAAUCCAUUUUGCAUUGCUUUCUAUGGGAAAGUCUGCCUUGGUUUUGGAAUGCUUUGGUGUGGAACGGACUUCUGGAAUGGGUUAAGAUUGAGAACCAAGGUACCACUGUAUGCAAUUUAUCAUAAUGAUGCAUUCUUGGGCAUGCCUUCUUGGAACUAAGUUCCACUGCUUGUCACAGGCCUUUCUUUUGAGAAAACAGAAGGUGCUGUGGUUCAGUGGUAGAGCAUCUGCUUUGCAUGCAAAAAGAUCCCAGAUUCAGUCCCCAGCAUCUCCAAGUAGGGCUGGGAAGGACUCUGGCCUGAAAUCCUGGAGAGCUGUGGGCAGUCAGUGUUAAUAGUACUGAGCAAGGUGGACUAGUGGUCUGACUAGUGGUAUAAGGAACCUUCCUAUGUUCCUAAAAUGGGAUUAUACUGUAAGCACAAUUCAGCUGGUAGUAAACUUUGCAUGAGAAAAGUGGAUAAGGAGCAGUUUUUUAAAAAAAAUCUGCAGCCCAAGGAAGUACAUCUUCAGCUGUACUGGGUGGAGAUUUUUCUUUAAGGCAUGUUUUGGUCUUGUAAUAUAAGUCCCAUCACAUGUUGUUUUGAGGCCGGGCUGACCAUUGCUGCAAUCAGAAAAGCUGUAAACUGAGAUAGAUCAGCUGUCUCUUAAGAAAGAACAAUGUGCUGUGACCAGGAUUGGGGUGCUGGGGGUGGAUCUUACAGAAAGGUCCCUUCUAAACAUCUGUUUUAUCAUGCAUUCAUGAUUAUUUGUGCUCAUGAUGGUAUUGGGGCAGCUAUACACAAUCCUGUUCCAAUACUAUUUGUGCCUACAGAUGUUUCAGGACUACAGUGGUGCCCCGCAAGACGAAUGCCUCGCAAGACGAAAAACUCAUUGACGAAAGAGUUUUCCGUUUUUUGAGUCGUUCCGCAAGACGAAUUUCCCUAUGGGCUUGCUUCGCAAGACGAAACGUCUUGCGAGUUCUUGCAAGUUUGUUUCCUUUUUCUUAAAGCCGCUAAGCCGCUAAUAGCCGUGCUUCACAAGAUGAAAAAACCGCAAGACGAAGAGACUCGCGGAAGGGAUUAAUUUCGUCUUGCGAGGCACCACUGUAUUUCAUUUCUAGUCAGGCACUGCCCCAUAGCUUCCUGUGGAAACCCCAUAACUUUUUAUGCCACAAAUCACAAAGAGUGUCCCUCUCAACAGUGAUAAUGUGGUAACAUUGGGGAAGCACUGCAGAACAAAAGUGGAAUGAUGCAUGGACAGUCCAGUAUAAAUCAAUGGCUAAUGCACUGUUAUUAUUUCAAUUACGUGUUGUGAAAUAUACUCACAAACCAACAAUUAUCCACCAUUCUGGAGGGAACCACAGAUCUUUCAUUGGCACCCCUACCUUUGUCCUUUCUGCAGAAUCCCUUCUGCAGUGCUGAUGUGCUUGUGGUUUUGCUAUAAUGUUUUUGGAGAUUGGCAAGCAAAGCAGAAGACAGAAACAGCAGGAGAGGCCCAACUGAGGAAGUGAGAUGGUGCAAUAGAAAUGAAAUAACUCAAAAAAAAGUUGAUGAGAUCAUGUGGGUAGCAAAUAGCCUGUCUACAACUUUUUCUGUUUUUUGUCCUGUAAGGUUGGGGGUUUUUUUGCAAAAUCAUUUCUUGCCUGCCUCAUCUGCAGGCCUUGUUAAGAAUCAUUUGCAUUUACAGUGGUCCCUCGGGUUAAGAACUUAAUUCGUUCUGGAGGUCUGUUCUUAACCUGAAACUGUUCUUAACCUGAGGUACCACUUUAGCUAAUGGAGUGUCCCGCUGCUGCUGUGCUGCCACUGUGCGAUUUCUGUUCUCAUCCUGAAGCAAAGUUCUUAACCUGAGGUACUAUUUCUGGGUUAGCAGAGUCUGUAACCUGAAGCGUCUGUAACCCGAGGUACCACUGUAUAUAAAAACAUUUCAGAAACAGGUAGUCCUUUACGUACAUCAAAGGGGAAUGUCUUUUUCAGCCUGAGGGCUGUAUUACCUUUCAGGAAACUGGGAGCCAUGUGCCAGGGCUAGGAAGGGCCAGAGGCUAAAGCAGACACAGCCACAGAUGUAAAGUUCAGUAGGCUUCUAGCCACAAUGGCUAUUUUCUACUUUCACUGUUGGGAGCAAUUGGCCUCUUAGCACCAAUUGCUGGGGAUCACAGGUGGGGAGAGAGAUGUUGCACUAUGGUCCUGCUUACGUGCUUUCCACAGGCAUCAGGUUGGCCACUGUGAGAACAGGAUGCUGGACUAGAUGAGUGCCCUUUGUAUACCAUUUGCCUGGAAUUGCAAGUGGGCUGUUAGGCUCAAGUCCUGUUUGUGGGCUUCCCACAAGGAUCUGGUUGGCCACCGUGAGAAAAGGUUACUGAACUAACUAGAUGGGUCAUUAGCCUGAUCCAGAAGACUCAUCUUACGUUCUUUUUGGGACCUCUGCCUGUACGAAGCUCUGUGUGUUCAGGAUUUGGAUGAAAAAUAGAAGUAGGACUUGCAGCUUGUGAGUACAGUUCUAGGUCUAAUUUAGGGCGGGGCGUGGAUGGCGCUAUAGGUUAAACCGCAGAGCCUAGGACUUGCCGAUCAGAAGGUCGUGGUUCGAAUCCCCGCGAUGGGGUGAGCUCCCGUUGGUCAGUCCCUGCUCCUGCCAGCCUGGCAGUUCAAAAGCGCGUCAAAGUGCAAGUAGAUAAAUAGGAACUGCUCCAGCAGGAAGGUAAACAGUGUUUCCGUGCGCUGCUUUGGUUUGCCAGAAGCAGCUUAGUCAUGCUGGCCACAUGACCCGGAAGCUGUACACCGGCUCCCUCGGCCAAUAAAGCGAGAUGAGCGCCGCAACCCCAGAGUCGGUCACGACUGGACCUAAUGGUCAGGGGUCCCUUUACCUUUAAGCAAAAGUGGAGGAGGCUACUGGAAGUCUCAUGUAAAUUUAGGACAGAGGAACAGGCUAUUAUAAUAUCUGAAGUGCCCACCUGGAACAGAGGCAGGUCUCAGCUUCUGUGCAGAUUUCUUAAAGGUUGUUCCCAGUCCAAGCAUUGCAUGCCAGCAUUCUCCGUGACAUCAGAAAAAACCAUGUGUUUCAACCUUAAGAAUAGCCCUCCUGCAUCACGGUAAAGGGCUCAUCUAUUUCAGAAUUCUGCUUCCCACAGUGGGCCAGUCAGAUAUUUUCAAGGCAUGAGGCAACAGCCCUCACACAUUGCUUGCCUAUUUAGCAACUGGUGUCUUCAUGAUCAGAGGCUGCAGGAGCAGCUGUUGUGGCUCGGUCAGGUCUGAGCUGACUGUGGAAGACUGGGAGACAUUUGCACCUGAGAUGGUUGUAGAACAAUGAGAGGAACCUCCCAGAUAACCAGAGCUGGUAGGGCCAUUCCCUGGAGCCUCCUGGGCACCUUCCCCUGAGCCUGAAGCUCCAGAUGCCUCCCACUGCACAUCACCAGGAGGGAGGCUGUAGUACGGAGGGAGUGCCCGUCUUCAGGCCAGAGGGUUGGCCCUCUGAAGUUCUCUCAAGGGAGUGAAGCCUGGAAGAGGGAGGCACAGGCAUUAAAGGCCUGGAUCUGCUCUCAAGCUUUGUGUAAGCAAGCUGCUCAUUUGGAGCUGUCCAUGGUCUUCCAGCCUUGGUGCUUUUCCUUUCGGUUUCAGUGUCAGACCAGAACAUGACAGGUGUUCAGAUACCUUGCCUAGAGACAUGAAGGUUCCAUAUAGGCACCACAGCUAGCGGCCUUUGAUAAACCCAUUCUUCAUGAAUUUGUCACAUUCCCUAUUGAAAGGGGAAAAGCUCGACAAGAGGAGCGUUACGGAACACCACUUAGGUUUCCAGCUUUUCUUUUCAUUAACAUCAUAAGCAGAGGAGCAAUCCAAGUUGCUGUUUUACUGGUGAGUUGUCCUUCCUGUGCUUACUCUGGUUUGUCCUUCAGAAAAGCUUCAUGCUGAGAAUCUCCAUGGUCACAGCUUAGAUUUAAUCCAUAGUGAUGUGCUGGGUUCCCAAGUGCGGCAAUUACCAGCUGUCUCCAGUUUCAGAUGUGGCCUUGCUGUGUUUGUUGCGCUGGUUCUUUUUGCUCCUGGGUGGAGAGGUGUUUAGCACAAGAGAAGGAGCAGUGUCUUGGGAUGCUAGGCGCAUUUACUCAGAGGCAAGUCUCACUGAGGUGGCCAACUGGUGUUUGCCCUGCUUCUAUCCAAACUCCAUGUGGGGCUCAUAUGCUCGAAAGGUUGCUGCAUAACAAAAAUAAAACCCUACAUGUAGAAAACUAGGAGAAGUGGCUAGUCUCCAAACCCUGAGUCACUAGCUUGUUAAGUGCAGGGAACAUGUGUGGUGUUACAGAGGAGCAUCAUGUGAGCCCUCACAUAAAGUGGGAAACUCAGACACAUAUUGCCCACCUCACUGAGAACUAGGAGCUUAGUUCAAUGGAGCAUAGUGCCGUGUACAGUCAUAAAUCGGGUUACAGCCACUUCAGGUUGCGGUUUUUUUGGGUUAUGGACCACCGAAACCGGAAGUACCGGAAUGGGUUACUUCUGGGUUUCAGUGGUUGCACAUGCGUAGAAGUGCUAAAUCUCUCUUUGCUCAUGUACAGAAGCACCGAAUCGCAACCCGCUCGUGCACAGACGCGGGUUGCGAAUCCUGCGGGUUGCGAAUGUGCAUCCCACAUGGAGCACGUUCGCAACCCAAGCAUCCACUGUAGAUGUGUGGUUUGGCCUUGUGUGGACUUGAUCUUGUAUGUUUUUUUCCAGAAUUCAGAUUGCCUCAGUAGAGGAUUUGGGAGUCUUUGGGUGGAUUUUUUUCUCUCUAACCUGUGGAGAAACAGAGUGGAUGAAAGGACUUUUCUCUAGAGAGGGGUAAAGGGGGCUGUGAACUCAUGGCUUUAGGGAAAGCAAGAAGAGACAGCAUGAGUGGUUACUGGUGCCUUUGGUGUGGGAGGAAACUAGCUUCUCUCUCUCUCUCUCUCUCUCUCUCUCUCUCUCUCUCUCUCUCUGUGUGUGUGUGUGUGUGUAAGAAAAGGAGAAUCACACAAUAGAGAAAAAUCAUGCAGGCUUCUUGAGAGGCCCCUCUCUUUAAAAGCAGCCUUGGGCGACAGUGAAAGUGAAGGCCACUUAGUCUCCCAGAACAAACAGUGGUGAACAAAGGAGGCUGUGUGCUAAUGGGUCUUUCUCAGCCAAGCUGGACUGCAACAAGCCCAGCAGCUGCAAGUGGAACCCAGGUAAUGUGGUUGCAUUUGCAUAACCUCAGGGUGAGCUGCAAACCCUAAUGGACUGUACAUGACCUUACCUUGAUGGAUUCCCUUGUGGGGUGGGGGCAGAAGCCCUGUCCACCUCAAGCGGCGCAUCAUGCAGGAAGAAGGAAGCCCAUACUUAAAACUAUGGAACUCACUCCCAGAUGAUGUGGUGACAGGCACCAACUUGAAUGACAUUAGAAGAGGAUUGGACAAAUCCAUGUUGAUAACUACUAGGCACAUUGGCCAAACUGUUCCUCCGCAGUCAGACAGUAUGCUGGGAAUUGCUAUUAGGGAAGAGUGCUGUUGCACUCAUGUCCUGCACCCCAGAGGCAUCUGGUUGGCCACUGUGAGAGCAGUAUAGGAACAUAACAGGCUGCCUUGGUCCAUCUAGCUCAGCAUUUUCUAUGCUGACUGGCAGUGCCUCUCCAGGAUUUCAUAGAGGGUCCACUCCCACUCCUUUCUGGAGAUGCCAGGGAUUGAAUAUGGGAUGUUCUGCAUGCAAAGCAGAUGCUUUACCACUGAGGUAUGCGCCUUCCCCAAAUGGACCCUGCUAGGUGGGUCUUUGGCCUAAUCCAGCUGGAGUCUUCAUACAUUCUGUCCACCUUGUACAGAAUCCUACUCCCAACAGCUGUGCACAAGAACCCCUGUUUGAAGUCUAUGAUCUAAUAAUAAUAAUAAUAAUAAUAAUAAUAAUAAUAAUAAUAUUUUUUUAUUUAUACCCCACCCUCCCCAGCCAAGGCCGGGCUCAGAGCGGCUUACAAGCAAUAAUAAAAACAAGAUGAAUGAUUACAACUUAAAAACAAAAAUAAAAUACAACAUUAAAAUAAUGGAACAUUAAAAUAUUAAAAUGUAGCCUCAUCGCAGGAGGAGAAGGAAAAGAAAAAAGAAAGAGAGGGAGGGAGGGAAUCAAACUGGCUCCAAGCCAAAGGCCAGGCGGAACAACUCUGUCUUACAGGCCCUGCGGAAAGAAAUCAGAUCCUGCAGGGCCCUGGUCUCGUGAGGCAGAGCGUUCCACCAGGCCGGAGCCAGAGUUGAAAAGGCCCUGGCUCUGGUUGAAGCCAGUCUAACUUCCUUAGGGCCCGGGACCACUAGGGUGUUGCUAUUUAUGGACCUUGAGGCUCUCCGUGGGGCAUACCGGGAGAGGCGGUCCCGUAGGUACGAGGGUCCUAGGCCGUGAAGGGCUUUAAAGGUCAAAAACAGCACCUUAAAUCUGACCCUGUACUCCACCGGGAUCCAGUGCAGCUUGAAAAGAACUGGGUGAAUAUGCUCCCAUGGCAGAGACCCCGUGAGGAGCCUUGCUGCAGCAUUCUGCACUGCUGGAGUUUCUGGGACAGCUUCAAGGGCAGCCCCACAUAGAGCGAAUUACAGUAGUCAAGCCUGGAGGUGACAGUCACAUGGAUCACUGUGGCCAGGUCGGGGCGGGAGAGGUAAGGGACCAACUGCUUGAUGCGGCGAAGGUGGAAAAAUGUCACCUUGGCUGUUGCUGUAACUUGCGCCUCAAUGGAAAGGGAGGUGUCAAGGAUUACACCCAAACUCUUAACGGAAGGCAAUGGCACUAAUUGGGCCCCCACAAGAGAAGGGAGUUGGUCCCUCAUCCCCAUGCCAUCACGACCUAGCCAUAGGACCUCUGUCUUCGAAGGAUUUAGUUUCAAUUGGCUCCCACGAAACCAUCCAGCCACAGCUUCCAAGCAUCUGGUCAGUGUGUUCGGGGCCGAGUCGGUGUGGCCAUCCAUCAGCAGUUAGAGCUGAGUGUCAUCAGCAUAUUAGUGACAGCCCAGCCCAAAGCUCCGGAUAAUCUGGGCAAGGGGGCGCAUAAAGAUGUUAAAAGCACCGGGAGAGAAUUGCGCCCUGCGGCACUCCACACACCAAGGAGUGGCGCGACGACAUUUCCCUCCCUAGUGCCACCCUCUGUCCCCGACCAGAGAUAAAAGAGCACAACCAGUUACGGGCUAUGCCCUGUAUCCCCACGUCUGCGAGGCGGUGGUCCAGAAGAUCAUGAUCUUAGUGGAUUGUGUGAAUGCCCCCUUUGAUUGUCUGCUGUGCAAUGUUGCCUGACCUGCUGCUCAGGCUGGAGCAACCUUGCCUCCUCUGCAUCUUCAAUUUUCAGAGGGCUGAGCCCCCUGCUAAGGAAUAUUGAGGGGGCUGAUGACACCUCUGACCCCUAGAGUUGGCAUGCCUGAUCAGGGGUAGGAAACCUCAAGGCCAGGAGACAAAUGUGGCCCUCCAGGCCUCUCUGUCUGCCCCUUGGAACUCUCCACAGUCUCACCCAGUUGCACUCCUCAUCAACCCUCCUCAAUGCCCUCCUUUGAUUGGAGCAGGGGCAGUUGCCCAAUCCUCAAUUUCCUUGGUCUAACAUACCAGCAUCUGUUCAUUUUUUGCUCUGGGAUUAGUAACAGUUUUGGUGAAGAACCCCUGUUUGAAGUCUAUGAUUGUGUAAAUGCCCCCUUUGAGUUCCUCAGCUCUGUGUGAGAUGAGUCCUUUAUUGCCUUGCUGGCUCUGGAAUCAAUGCCACCUCUCCAUUGGAAUGAAUGGAACCUUUUCAGACACUACAGUUUGGCUGGAGAGGAUAGAAGACACACAAACCCCCCGCAGCUGCGUCACACUUUGCCUGUGGCAAAUGGCACGGCCUGAUACUGGAAUUUCUGUGUCUGCCAUCUGUAUGGAAGGGGAGGCUGAAGUGUGUGUGUGUGUAGAAGAAGAAGAGAGUGGAAUCUAUUGUGCAAACUGGUAUCGGCCUCGGGAGAAGCCAGCCUUCCUCCAAGUGGUCUCUUCUUCACACACACCAAAUUUCAUUCGUACAACAAGACUGUGAGGUAGGCUAUGCCAAGAGUUGGUGAUUAAUACAAGCUGUCCCAGAGUGAGGAUUUGAAUCCAGGUCUUCCUGGCCUUAAAUCCAGUCCUCAGCACAUUUUCAUUCGAUCCUUGGCCUAACUUCAAGCAGGUGAGAAGGAGGGGGCUGUGGGAGAGAGGAAGAGGCGUGCCAUGCCCACUCUUGCCUUUGGACACGCCCACUGUGAGCAAGCACAGCCACCAGGUAACCUUCAAGGGAAUGUAGGCUGCAGCAGAAAGACAGUUCCUCAUCUCUACCUUGCCUGCUGCCCUGCAAUGGCAUUCUAGCACCACUGAAAGUUCCACAAUUUCCCCCUUUUAUCUACCUAAGUUUCUUGUUCCUGGGAUAAGCCUUGGGUUUCUUGCAGGAUAUCCGAGGAGAGAAAGCAGCAAAAGAGUGUUACAAUCAAAUUGGGUUGGGAAUCUUUUUCACCCUGAGGGCCUCAUUCCAUUCUAGGCAGCCUUCCCAGGGCCACCAGGGAUGGACAGAGCCAGAGGCAAAAACAGACCGAGCAAUGAAUGUAGGUUUUACCUUUGUUCAGUAGGCUAGUUUCUACGCACAAUCAUCCUUCUCUAUUGCAAGAGCAAUUCUCAGAAUUCAAGGACACAGCCAGGACAUGUGGGGGCGACUCAAGAAGGAUGCAAAGCAAGGCCACUGAAGGGGGUGGACUGGGGAGAUUUCUGAGGGCCACACAGAGUGGCCUGAGAGUCCAUGCCAGGGGUCAGCAAACGUUUUCCGCAGGGGGGGCCGGUCCACUGUCCCUCACACCUUGUGGGGGCGGACGGACUAUAUUUUGAAGGGGGGAAUCCCCCCCAACGACUCUCCCCUCCCUUCUCCACAGCACUGGACAAGCCCCGGUGGCUGCUUACCUGUGCCUUGUGAGUGGCAGGGGCUGGCAGUGGCAGCGGAGGGACGGUGAGUGGCACGAAAGGGCUGGCUCAGAGAGGGGCUGCUCUGCUUUAAAUGGCGCUCAGCCAACUGUGGCUCCUGUGCCUUGCGAGUAGCAGGGGCUGGCGGUGGUGGUGGAGGAGGGGCGAUGAGUGGCGCAAAAGAGCUGGCUCUGGAGAGGGGCUGCUUAAAAUGGCGCUCAGCCAACCAUGGCUCAACAAAGCCCAGCCCCCUUCCUCCUCUAGGCAGGGCAGGGAGAAGCCAGGAGGAGGGAGGGAGGAGGCGCUGCCGCAGUGGGGGGGGGGGGAAAUGGCACAGCCUGAACAAUCAGAAUCCCCACAGUGAUCCACGUGGCGAAUCCUGGACCAUCUGUGGGCAGGAUCCAGAAGGCAAUUGGGCCGGAUCCGGCCCCUGGGCCUUAGUUUGCCGAACCAUGCCCUUGUGCUGGAGUGUCAGGCUAGGGUUCGUGACAUUAAGCUCUCCAGCUUGCCAAAAACUGGAAAGCUAUUUAGGGACAGUUCCUGGAAAACCAACACUGUCAACCAGUUUUGCUGUUUUCUCUCAGUUCUGUCUCCAGGGACAGCCUGUGUUUGCUGACUGCCAUCCCUCGCAAGGAGAGGGCAGUUGGGGCAUGUCUUACUGGCCUACAGAAAUGUUAACCAUUGAAUUGAAAAGGCCAAAAAAAAAGGGUUCUUUGAGAAAAAUAUGAGCCAACUUUCCUGACUACCAUUCAAACUCUCUCUUGUCUUAGCCCCCUACAGUCUGGGGACAGGAUGUGUGGAAGUGCUGAAUGAAACUGCAAUGUGACCUACUUUUUUUCCAAGGCUCGUACCACCCGACACCCCUCAGCUCUUUGCAGAAGCAACGAUGAAACGGCGCAAGUGAGUCUCACUCCCGCCUUGUUCCCCCCCCCCCGGGAGGUUAUUCCACCACGCCACCCUGCAUCAAUCUGCCUUAUCAGUGACUGCGGGAAUGUCCAAUGCAGCAAGGGAUGGCUUUGAAGCACAACACCUCCGCCUGCAGGAGGAGAAGGAGGAAGAUGAGCUCAAGAGGCGUGCAGAUCCGGACGGAGACCCCAGUGUGGGAAGAAGCAGGCUUGUGGGGAGCCUAGAUCGGCAGGGUGUGUCUUCUCCUCAGGGGAUGCUGGAGGAUGUUGAAGGUCUGGAAGAGCUUAAGAGCAACCAGGAAUUUUUGGCAGAACGCAACUGGGAGUCUGACUUGGGUGAACGUCAGGACUUCGAAUGUGCAGGGGCAACCAGCCCCGGGACUUCUGCAGACCGACACAGUGAGUAGCACAGGAGAUCUGGUUGACCCUUCUCUAUGAACAUUGGCCAAUUGAGUGAAAGUAGAUUAUGACCAGUAGGAGGCUGGCCUAUUAGGGCAAAUGGGGCACUGCCCACCACCCUCAGCGAGUCCUCAGCCAGUCUCAACCUGCCUCCCUUCUUACUUACAUCCAGUCCAGGGGGUGGUCCUUCCUGCCAACUUCCUCCUCCUCAGUCUGAAGUGAUAUCCUUUGUAGAACUCAGCAGGGAGGAGGAAGAGAGGGACAAAGCUAGAAUUAGUUGACUCCAACUCCCUACAGUCCACUCUAUCAGCACCCAUGAACACUACGCCACCCGUGUCGCAACACGGGACCAGAGAGGCAGCUGAGUAAGGUUAUCAGUGGUUUUGGAACUACAGUGCCCUUUAACUUCCUACUGUUACUAGCAAAACCAGAAUGAGAGAUGCAAAAUGCACAUGGUUUUUGCAAAUUUGCAUAAUUUAUACAGAUGUCAUAAACUCAGCUGUGCCUGGCAUGGAAUUUGUGUGGAGUUUUAAUGUUGUGAAAUACACACACUGAGGCCAAAUGCCAGUUCUCACACUUCUCAGAUCUUCUGAAUGAUGAAGCUGGGGAUGAGAUAGUUGUUUACCACAUGGCACAUAAUGUGGAGAAAAUGAACAGAGGGUUUUUUUGUUUUCUUCCAUACUGCUAGAACUCUGGCUUAUUGGAUUCGGGACAGACAAAAAGAUGGGCACAUAAUACAUUAUUCAGUUAUGGAACUCCCUGUCACAAAUGUGGUGAUGGCAGUCUGGUUCAGAUGGUUUUGAAAUUAGGUGCUUUCAUGUAUGCCAGAUCUGUCAGUGUCAAUGGGGCACAAAAGGUAAAUUGAACCUUCAUGUUCAGGGGUAGUAUACUUCUGAAUGCCACUUUCUAGGAGCAGCAGGGAGGAUGGCUGCAUACAUUACUCUCCCCUUUUCCAUUUUAUCUCCACAACAACCCUGUGAGGUAGGUUAGGCUGAGCAACAGUGACUGGCUCAAGUUUCUGCAGAGUCAGCAAGAGGGUGUGGGGUGGGGUGAAUUAAUUAUGCCAGUGGGUGUGCUCUAGGUAGGACUAACAUUGAAUACAACCCUUAUGUUUGAUGAGGAAAGGAUCUAAAGGCCUUCCUGAAAUUUUGGUAAAGUCGUGAGGUCUUAAAUGGAAUUACUCUGAGCUCCUGGAAGGGGUCUGGGACUUUUAAUCUAAUUUAGUAUUUUAAUGCCUGCCUUCUGCAUUAAGCUACAUGAUCAAAAGUGGGAUAUAUUUAAGCAUUCUCUUCUUCCUUCCCCACAGAACAUCUAGAGGACAAUAGAAGCCCCAAUGAUCAAGGUCCGAUUUCCUACUGGCAUCCACAGAGAGACCAACUUUUGGGUGCCCCAGAAGAUGACCAGGAUCCAGGCAGCUCCCAAGAUCUGGAGAAACAAGCAGGGGAGUUGGAUGCUAGCAGUGAGGGAGAGACCUACCCAGAGCUCUCAUAUGAGGUCCAGUAUGGCUCAGAGUAUAGCACCAGUCCUGAGGCACUGAGAGACCCACAGGCCUCGUACAAGAGCAGCAAAUCCUACAGUUUUAUCUCAGAAGGUGGAGAAGAGUUUUCUGAUAACUCCAACCUUAGUGCCUCUCCUUCCAGGCCUCCUUUGGAAUGCACCCUCUUGAAAACAGAUGCCUAUGAGCUUGGCAAGACUCAGAAGUUUCCAGAGGAAAUGGCACUUACUUCCCUAUCAAGGAGAAGUCCUCGUGGCAGCUCUUUUGGGGGUUCCAUGGGCAGCAGUCAUAGCCCCUCGUUUGUAGACCAUGUUCCAAAUUUUUCCAGCAUUGAGGCUGAGACCUUACCAGAAUCCUCCUUUAUAGAGAACCUGGGCCACCCUAAGGAAGGUGUUGACAAGGUGGUUGCCACUGCUGGCAGAGCCAGAACAACUCAGUGUUUUCCUUUAGCCCCUGUUAAACCGAAGGAGAAGCUUCUGGAACCAAGCGGGGCAAUGGAAACAUCUCACACCCUGAGGCAAGUUGGCUACCAGCAGCUGGGAAAGGUGUGGAAGCUGAAAACAGAUGUUCCUCAUGGACUGCCAUCCAAAUUCAAAAUGCAGUCCAGGUCCCUGAGCCCACAGGGGAGAGCUGCCUGGAAAAGGGCAGGAGAGUCCAGUUUGAGCAAGUCUGUUCAAGAAAGUAGUCCAGUAAACCUGGCAACAACUGACACUUUGCAGUAUGGCCGAGGGCAGCUCAACUACCCGCUUCCAGAUCUGUCCAAAGUGGAGCCUCGAGUGAAGUUUCCAAAGAACGCACAAAGCUACCAUCCACCCCGGGGGAAGACCCCCCCAGCGAGGACCAAUGAAUCUGGGAAGCCAGUGGUCUUCAAGUCUCCUGCUGAGAUUGUCCGCGAGGUGCUGCUGAGCAGUGGGGAAGGGUCUGUGCAGAAAUGUCAAGACCCCACCAUUUCUGUCAUUCCCGAAGAACUCAAAUCCCCAAGACAAGCUACAGUGCUGGUGCAUCAACUUCAGGUAAUAGCUUCAGUGUCUAUUGUGAAAGUUCUGAAGCCACACAUCGACUUACUUCUUAUUCAGGCAGAUGGCCUGUGUCUGAGCUUGUAUCCCUUAAGAAUGUAAGAAGAGCCCUGGAUCAGGUCAAAGGGAGCCCAUCUAGUCCAACACCCUGUUCUCACAGUGGCCAGCCAGAUACCCCAAUGGGGAGCCCACAAGCAGGAGCUGAACACAACAGUGUUCUCCCAAACUGUAAUUUCCAGGAACUGGCAGGUAUUCAGAGAAAGACUGCCUCUGACCAUAGAUGUAGAACAUAGCCAUUGGGAUAAUUUCAAAUUGUUUGACACCCCCCUCCAUUUUCUUAGCUACUUGCUGUCCAGUCAUGGAAUUUGCAUGGGUUGCAACCAAUGUUAGAGUAGAUAUAUUGAUAGUCUUGUCCUCUAUGAAUUUGGCUAAUCCUCCUUUAAAGUCAUUCAAGUUAGUGGUCAUCACUACAUCUUCCAGAAUCAAAUUCCAUAGAGUUGUAUCCAACUAAGUAUCACUCAGAGCCCCAAGAAGCCAGAAGAAUUCUUGUUAGCUGUAAGGGGACAGGAAAUCCCAGAUAAAGUAAAAAAAACACCUCUUCCUUUACGCAACAGCUACAGGAAGGGUACUACAUACUACGUACACACUAAAAUGUGGAAGGAGAGGAAAAUUCCGCCCAAAGACCAGUGGUUGCUUAAACUAAUAGAAUAUGUAAAAUCAGCCGUGAUGAUGACCAAAAUAAGGGGGAAACAGUAUUGAGCAAGUGGGAACAACUUUAAAAAGAAACUGUGUAAAUAUAAAUUUACAAGUAGGGUUAAACAUUUUAACACCGGUAAACAUAACAAAGAGUGAAAGAUAGAGAAGGGAAGAAUUGGAAAACUUUAAGAGUUGUAGAAAACCAAAGUGAUUGGGUUGGUUAGGGUGUCAAGGGAAAAUAGGUUGGGAAGUCCAGGCAAGAAGGGCUAGGAGAUGAUGUAUGUAACUGGGAUAACUAUAACUGAUCGUUAUUUGCACAAUUUUUUAAAAAAAGUUUCACUCAGAGUAACUCAGUCAUGUACACUAAUUUCAAUAUACCUACUCUAACACUGGAUGCAUCCAAUGCAAAUUCCAUGACUGGAUAGGUAAAGGUAAAGGGACCCCUCACCAUUAGGUCCAGUCAUUACCGACUCUGGGGUUGCGACACUCAUCUCACUUUAUUGGCCGAGGGAGCCGGCAUGCAGCUUCUGUGUCAUGUAGCCAGCAUGACUAAGCCGCUUCUGGUGAAACCAGAGCAGCGCACAGAAACGCCAUUUACCUUCCCGCCGGAGCGGUACCUAUUUAUCUACUUGCACUAUUGUGCUUUUGAACUGCUAGGUUGGCAGGAGCAGGGACCGAGCAACGGGAGCUCAACCCAUUGUGGGGAUUCGAACCCACCCGCGUCUGUGGAGGGGGGUGUCAAACAGUUUGAAAUUAUUGAGUGAUUGUCUAUACAGAACUCAUCACACCUAUACAACCAACAUGUGGGGAGAGGAGUGGGUGAACACUGUUCUCCAUGAAAUGCUAGUUUUCUUUGCAUGGGGAUCUUUUUUUUUUUUUUAAUUAUAUGAAAGAGCAUUUAGGAAUGCAGGCCAUCUGUCAUCUGGCAUGGUACAGUAUUAGACAUUAGUUCACCACCACAGGAAGAGCUAGGCCAUGCCAUGGGUAACUGAAAAUAAAGGAGCCCUAGGAUCUGUAAAACUACCAUCUUGCCAAUCCUGUCCCAACAAAAAGGGAAUGCUGCAGAAAUGAUGCAACAUGUGCCAGUUUGCAUUUCUUUGACAUGAUUUCUUUUCCUUUUUUUGUGGGGCGGACGAAGGAGUUAUGAGCAUUCAUCAGACUGUGCUGUGAACAUCGCUUCCAACACAGUUCUAUGGUUCUUAUAUUAUUAACUGUUAACCAGUCAGCCUGGGCUCCUGUCAUUGGGGUUGACUGGAACUCUAAAAUAUGAACCUAACAGAUGCCAAAUGCCUUUCUUCUUUUUUUAGGAGGACUACCACAAACUGCUGACAAAGUAUGCUGAAGCUGAGAACACCAUUGACCGGCUACGGCUGGGUGCAAAGGUAGGAUGUCUCCAGCUUGUUUGAGGACCUAGCACUGUCCUUCAUCCAACUGUAUUCUGUCAUGCUAGAUUUCUGUGUGUAGGACAGGAAUGGGGAACUGGAUCUGGUGAGCGGGCUGGAUUCUUACCUCUCAACUGCCUCCCUCUCCCACUGCAGUGGAGACUGGCCUAUUAGGGAGAAUGAAGCACUGCCCCACCAACCUCAGUCUGCUCUCAGCCAUCCUCCACCUGCCUGCCUUCUUAGAUACCACCACUCAUGGGGAUGGCACUGAAUGUCAGGUUCCUCCUCCUCCAUCUUGGUGUUGACCUUUGUAGAGCUCAGCAGGGAGCCUAGAAUCAGUCAGCUCCACCUCUCAUUUGCUCUGGCUCAUCUCACCUCUGACUCCACCUGCCAUUGGUCUCCCCACACUGUUGUUCUCCCUGCCUUCCACCCUACCAGAACUAAUGGGCACCACCUUCCACUGCCCUGUGGGCCAAAUCUGGAAGGUGAUGGGGCCACUUACCCAUCAAUCACCUGGCAUGACAAUGACAUCAGGUGUCCCAUUUUCCUUUGCCCGCACAGUUUGGCAUUAAACAAUGCAGGCAAAGGUACAGCAAUUUAUAAGUUCCUGCGAUCACAGUGGUGCCUGCAAACCCCACUUUUUAACCCAGCUGCUGAUUAGGCAGAUGGUGCACUGAUGAUCAGCAAUUUGGAUGGCUUCAAAAGAGGAUUAGACAAGUUCAUGGAUGAUAAAGCUAGCAGUGGUUCCUAGCCACAAUGACUGUGCUCUGCCACCACUGUUGGAGACAGUAGACCUCUGAAUACCAGUUGCUUAGAAUCACGUGAGGAGGGCUGUGACACUCAGGCCCUGCUUGCAGGUUUUGCACAGGCAUAUGUCUGUGGAAGGACAGAUCGUGAAGCUGAGGCUCCAAUACUUUGGUCACCUCAUGAGAAGAGAAGACUCCCUAGAAAAGACCUUGAUGUUGGGAAAGAUGGAGGGCACAAGGAGAAGGGGACGACAGAGGACGAGAUGGUUGGACAGUGUUCUCGAAGCUGCCAACAUGAGUUUGACCAAACUGCAGGAGGCAGUGGAAGACAGAAGUGUCUGGCGUGCUCUGGUCCAUGGGGUCACCAAGAGUCGGACACGACUGAAUGACUAAACAACCACAACAACAUGUCUGGCCAUUGUGAGCACAGGAUCCUGGACUAGAUGGGCCACAGGCCUGAUCUAGCAACCAGGCUCUUCUAGCAAGGCCCCCUCCCCACUUUAUGAAGGAGAGAGUCUGUUUAAAGAAGAGAAUGGGAAUCAUUAUGUUUUGUUUUUUGACAUAUACCCCGCCCCCACACAAGCACUUUUAGUUCCAGGUUCCUGUUUGAGUCAGUGAGUCAGGCAGCCUGGCCUCUGCUUGAGCAGGAAUGUGAGAAUACGAGAACGUGCCUAAAAGAUGAGCAGCUCAGGGUUGCAACAGGUUUUCCCCCACCCACCCCUUUCCUGUAUCUUAAGAGCUGCGUCUUUUCAAACCACAGCCCAGCAGAAGCAACCACCAUGGCAGCUACUCAGAAAGAGGAAGGAAGAUGUGGGACAUUAAUUAAAAGAAGUCUUAAGAACAUGAAUGGCUUUAAAAUAGGGUUGGAGAAAUUCAAGUCUUAUCAGUGGCUGGUCACCAUGAUGGUUGUGCUUGUGCCUCCAUGGUUAGUUGCUAGAAAUCACAGGAGGGGAGAGUGCUGCUGUGCAGGUUUCCCACAGUCAUAUGAACGGCCACUGUGAAAACAGGAUGCUGAACUAGAUGACCCUUGGCCUGAUCCAGCGGGCUCUUGUAUUAUUAUGCUAUGUUCUUAACAAAAGAAAUAUAUCUGCUGGGUCACGUCAAUGGAUGAUAUAAUCAGCAUUCUGCUUCCAGAAGUGGUUAGCCCAGUGUUGAGAAGGCCACUGGCAGGGCAACUCUCCUUUCUAGUUGUCGUUGUUUUGUCUUUGAUACUCUGGGUAAAGCACUACAGAAUUUGGAGGCUCUGUUUGGCUUUCAUGCAGAAAACUGGUUAGGGAUAAGGGAUAAAAUUGUUUGGCUUGCAUUAUCUUAUCUUAAUUUGACCUUCCCAAAUCAACAUGCAAAGGUAUUAUUGUGGCUAUCUUUCAAACUUCUCACUCCUCCAAAUUUUGCAAUGCAAUUCCCCAGCUAAAAAGUGCAUGCGGAAAGAGGGAAGUGUGUUCACCAAUGCCUUUAUUAGUCAAAAUGACAAACAAGUGUGCAUUCUAUAUGGAGAAAUUGCUUGCAGAAAAUGUGUAUGAGGCAAAAUUGCAUCCAAAAAUAUGUAAAAUAGAUGCAUUUAUUACCCUGAUCUCUAAGCAAGAUAGUGACUUAACAAAGACUAAAAAUUACAGAUUUCUUUAUUGAACUAUGAUUAUAAACUAUUUGCUACAAUUUUAGCUAACAGACUAAAAAGGACAUUGAUUGAGUCAGUCCACAGAGACCAAGCUGGUUUUUUUAUCAGGCCAUCAAAUGAAGGACAAAAUAAGAAACGUAAUUAAUCUAAUAGAGCAUUUGGAAGUAAGAAAUGAAAAGCAGACCACACUAAUCUUUUUAGAUGCAGAGAAAGCCUUUGAUAAUAUUUCAUGGUCAUUCAUGAUUAAGGUAUUAGAGAAAAUGGAAUAGGUAAUCCUUUCCUUUCUGUUGGGGAUAAUUAAGACUGAAAUCUCCAGGUGUCGGAAAAGGUUAUUUAUGUAUGCAACAACAGUGGCUUGUGUUUUGUUAGCCCCAAAAUGGAAAAUGAGCGAGGUCACAACCAAAGAAGAUUGGCAACUUGCAGACUUAACAUAUAGAAUAAGAGAACAAGAAGAACAUACAUUUAAAGAAGAUUGGAAAACAUUUAUUAAAUAUAUGGAAAAUAAUUGUGUACCAUUGAAAACACUGGCAGUAUUAAUAUAAAUUCAACAGUGUAAAUAAGUUUUGAUGGAUGUGAUAAUAGAAGACCGAUUGGUAUACCGUAGUUUUUGUAAAAUAUACAGGGAUAUAAGAUAUGCAAAAUGAACCAUGGAAAGAGAAGAAGGGAAGUCACUGACAUCUUAAGUAUGUAAAAUAUUUAUCGGAAAUUGUAAAAUAGACAAUUCAAUAAAAAUCAUAUUGAAAACCAACACCCCCCCCAACACGUAAAAUAGGAGAAAUUGGAAAGUGUACAUAUUUGCUUUUAAAUAAAUUGCAAUAAUUGCAAACUGAACUGGAGAUGGGGUAAGCUGAAGACUGAAAAAUGAGAGAAACUAAAACUGACAGACAUGUCCAUUCCUGUUGCUGAUAGCUGUUGAUGGAUCUAACAUCUCCAUGAAUUUAACAAAUCCCUUUUAAAACCUCUUCCGAAAGUAACUGCCAUCAGUAUUCUGGCUCAGAUGUAGAGGACACCACCAGUAAAUUCUCACCCAGCCUUGUGGCUCAGUAUACAGGGGCAUUUAGACAAAUAGUGAAGCUUAUAGUGAGUCAGACCAUUGGUCCAGCUAUCUCAGUGCUGCCUACACUGACUGGCAGCAGCUCUCCAGGGUUUCAGACAGAGAGCUUCUCCCUCCUCUACCUGGAGGUACAGGAGAUUGAUGUUGGGACCUUCUGCAUGCACAGCAGAUGCUCUACCACUGUGUUACAGUCUCUCCCUAAAAGGAAAAGGCUUCUUUGGAAACUAGAUUAUAACUGAAUGUGCAUGAGAGGUAUAGUAGAAUGGAUUUCCAGGUCUGUGGUUCACAGAGGGGUAUGUGGGAGGAGUUUGAGAGAGAGGCAUACUGCACAGAUGGCAAGGAUUAAUGAAAUCCAGCUUUAGUCCCCGCCAACUGAAAAUAAGUGAGCAAGGGUGAUGGAGCGAGGAGAUAAGGGAUUUUCCUCAGCCCCCAGAGCUGUUUGUGAAUGGGUAAUCAGAAAUGAGCUCAUAUGGCCUUCCUGAGCAAUUUUAUUUUGACUCUGGCAACAUCAGAAGUUGCUUUCUAUCAGAUAAGGCUAUUUGUUUAUCUAGCGUGGUAUUGUCUAAUGGCAAUGGCUCUCCAGCUUUUAAGGAAGGGCUGUAGCUCAGGGGAGGGGAGUGGGUAGAACAUCUGCAUUGUAUGUGGAAGGUACCUGGUUCAAUCUACAGCAUCUUCAGUUAGGGAUGUGAAAGACUCUGCUGCCUGAAACCCUGGAGAGCCUUCCAGUCAGUGUAGGCAGUACUGGGCUCAAGCAAUGAAGAGCCUGUUUUCCAUAGCUUUCUGACUGAUCCUUUUUAACUGGAGAUGUCACAGAUUAAAACGGGGGUCUUCUUCAUGUGCUCUAAAAGCAGCGCUACAGUCUGGAAUGUACUCUGUACAUGUUCAGAGGAACUGUAUCAGUCCUUCAAAUAACCACUGGCAUUUAAAUAGAGAAAGCCACCCCACACCUGAUUUCCACCUCUUGAUUAAGUCAGGGCAAUGGACAUCAAUGCUAUGACCAUUCAUUGUCCAGCCUUGGUAGGCAAAGUGAGUCCCAGGGCCUGAAGGUACUUCAUGGGGAAGAGGCCAUCUGCAGUUCAGGUGGAGCUCCAUGCAGAUCUAGCACCUCUUCAUAGCUCUUCCCCUAUGACUCCCCUCCUUACCCUCCUCACCCUUCCCAGCACCCCUGUGUUUCAAAAUCAUAUUUGGAUUGAAUAACCCCAUGGAUUUCUUCUUCCUCUCAGGUGCGGCUGUACUAUGACCAUUCAAAACCCAGCCAUGGGGUCCAAAUGGGGACUGUGGCUCAGGCCUCCAAGGUCGUAACCAUCAGCAUCCCUCAGGCCAGGACAGCUGAGGUCACAGGGAGCUCUAGCUCAGCACCGAAUACUACUUGGAAUGAAGGUAAGGUCUGAGAAAUCUGUGCACCAUCCUUUGGAAGAAAUAACAUUUGUAGAAAGUUCACUUUGGGACAAACAGUAAGGUCUGGAUGAAUAUUGGCUAGAUCUCUGGUGCUGGUAGCUAAAUAUGGUCCCAUCCCCCCAAGCCCAGCCUCUGUCCCAAACUACAAUCAUUUGAUGAACUUGCUUAGAUCAGUGGUGAGUAAUGUAAAGGUAAAGGAUCCCUGGACAGUUAAGUCCAGUCAAAGAUGACUAUGGGGGUGUGACGUUCAUCUCACUUCAGACCGAGAGAGCUGGUGUUUGUCCACAGCUUUCCGGGUCAUGCGGCCAGCAUGACUAAACUGCUUCUGGCACAAUGGAACACCAUGACAGAAGCCAGAGUGCUCGGAAACACCAUUUACCUUCCUGCCGCAGCGGUACCUAUUUAUCUACUUGCACUGUUAUGCUUUAGAACUGCUAGGUAGGCAGGAGCAGGGACAGAGCAAUGGGUGCGUUCCAACGGCUCUCUAAGUCGUUGUUAGAUUCCAGUUCCUAACAGCCCCAGCAAGAAGGGCAAGCAUUUGGGAUGAAGGGAGUUUUAGCCCAACAGUAUAUAGAAAGCAUCAUGUUGAUUACCCCUGCUCUACCUUAGCUGAGCCAGCAGAAUAGCAGGCCCUUGAAACUGAGGUGUGCAAGGCCCAAGCUCCAGGUUCCUGAUAUGGUUCUAAGAACUAUCCCUGGCCACAUCCCUCACCUGAUCUGUGCCUUCCUUGAGUGUUUUUGUCUGGCUGGAAUGUGUUCUUCAACCCUGAUAGUGCUUUUUGGGUAGAGGAUAGUGGUGGAGGUCUAUGAGUGUGCAUAGAAACUAGCCUACCACACAAAGGUAAUUUUACUGUUUACUAACACACACUAUUCCACCCACUUUUGCCUCUGACCCCACCUAUCACUAGUAUGUGGCCCCCAUAAGGUGGUCCAGAAGGGAAUGUGGCCCUCAGGUUCAAAAAGAUUCCUCAUCCCUGCCUUAGAUGCCCAAGCAGUUCUAUGUACCUUGGGAUCCUUCCUAUAUUUUAUCUUGGCUGGUUUUUUGUUGCUUUCUAACUAGCCCUGAAGACCAUCUCCUAUCUCAAUAUGUCAGUUCCUAUAGACUACUAAUAAAUUCAUUCUUGUGAGUGUGGAUCCUGGUGUAGCCAAAACACAAGAUGAGAUUAGAGUGAGGUUUUGGUGUAGCCAAAACACAAGAGUGAGGUUAGUAGCAGUCUUACGGGAACUCCAAGCUUUGCAGAAGUGCACAAAGGAGAACAAACUUUAUUCAAAUAAGAAAAGGGGGGUGCACACCCAACAGUGCAAUAAGAAGUGAGCAUGCUCAGUAUCCACAAAAUGUCGACUGAAUUGUGUGGGUGGGAGAAAUAUAAAAGCAGGAAAGAAAGUAAUGGAUUGGAGUAGUCUGGAAGAGAACAUGGCUAGCUAGACUGUCUCCUCCAUGCCUUCCCCAUUCCUUAAGCAGUUCUGAUGGGUAAGAUCUUGCUAGAUUCGUUUAUCUCAAUGCAUAAAAGUUUUUGUCUCCUUAAAUUGCAGGAUUUUCUGGCCCUCAAGCAGCCUCCUUUCCUCUUCCCAACUCCAUGGGUUUGGGCAAUCCAGCAGCAGAUGGUGCCACCGCCACAUCAAUACCUUUUUCAGGAGAUCACUUGACACACCUGUUGGCUUCCCAAGCUAGCAAAUUCCAGACUCAGGCAAGUUCACAGCUUAGAGCCAGCAAACUGUUUUGAAGUGCAUGUCUGUGUGUGACUAUUUGCUUCCCUCUGAAUCUUUGUGCAAGCAAUGCACACAAUUCAGUACUAUUUUUCUAGAAAAAGAGGUGACGGAACUCACCAUGAACGCCUCUCUUAUAGUGGCAAUGGCACCCACCUAAGAGGAGCCGGAACUGAGUUCCGACAAGUUCCAGCUGAAAUAACCCUGCACACACCCAUCCAAUUCAGUGUUUUAGAACUGUAGCCUCUCUUAAAUAACAGUCCCCUUUAGCUACUGUUGCAAAACUGAUAUGCACACACACUCUCAGUUUCAUCUGCUCACCAUCCAUGAAUAACAACAGAAUCCCACUUAAGAGAGGGAGGAGAGUUGGAUUCUUAGUGUGGCAUUGGUUUGUUGUGCUUGUUUGGUUGCUAAUUGGUGAUGGGAUCCAAUUAGCCUUGUUUCUUUAGUUAGCACAGUUGAUGACAUGUAAAAGGAAGGGAGAAAGUGAGUGCUGUUAGGGAAUAAUGAGCUUACUACUGGUGUUGUUAUGAGUUGGGAAGGUGUCUUCACAGGUUGUUUUUCACCCAGUUUGUUGGUGCCAGGACCAGCUGGUGGUUUUUGCACUUUGUAAGGUAAAGGUAAAGGGACCCCUGACCAUUAGGUCCAGUCAUGACCGACUCUGGGGUUGCGGCGCUCAUCUCGCUUUAUUGGCCGAGAGAGCCGGCGUACAGCUUCCAGGUCAUGUGGCCAGCAGGACUAAGCUGCUUCUGGCGAACCAGAGCAGCACACAGAAAUGCCAUUUGCACUUUGUAGGGCUGUGCAAUAAAUCACCAUAUCGUUGAAUACGGUAUUGAAAUAACAUAGUGGUAAGUGUUUCAACAAGGCAAUAUACCAGUGAACAAAAGGUGGAGAUUCAACAGCUUCCCAAGGAGUAGCUCAGCUGAACCGUACUUUACAGAUACUUUGCAAAUAUUUUGCAGGCAUGGUGUCUCCAGCUUUGUUUGCUCUUUCCCUCCUCCCUUCUAACCCAUAAUAAAUUAAGAUAUGCCCUCACACAAACCAGCAAACUCUGUCAGCUUUACUGGUAUCUUUCCACUUAGAGCUCAGCUAAUUAUGCAGAACCUGCUAACUAUUAAAAACAAAGCAUAUUAAUGCACUUCAGUUGCACAAACAUACAUUUCAGUUUGCAACUGAAUCCUCACGAAAUACUAACUGUAUGGAGGUGACUUUAUGUUUUCACCUAGAGCAGGGGUCAGCAGACCUUUUCAGCAGGGGGCCAGUCCCCUGUCCCUCAGACCUUUGGGGGGGGCAGACUAUAUUUUUUUGGGGGGGGGGAUGAUGCAAGAGCCCCACAAGCCCCACUGGCUGCUUACAAGCGGCAGGGGUUGGCCACGGCAGAGGGAUGAUGAGUGGUGCGUGAAAGGGCUCUGGAGAGGGGCUGCUUAAAAUAGCGGCUGCUCGAGUGCUGCUGCUGACACCGACAAAGCCCAGCCCCCUUCCUCUUCUAGGUAGGGCGGGAAGAAGCCAGGAGGAGGGAGGGAGAUGAUGUGAGGGAAAGGGAAAGAACGUGUGCGCUGGCGAUCCACACAGCGAUACCCAGACCGUCCACGGGCCGGAUCCAGAAGGCAAUUGGGCCUGAUCUGGCCCGCAGGCCUUAGUUUGCCUACCCAUGACCUAGAGGCUUUGGGGAACAGGCCUAAGUAUGGCACAGGUACUGGAGGAGAUUAAGCUGAUUAAGGAAGGUGGGGGAAUCACCCAAAUGGAGAUUGUGUAGCAAAAGAACAGUGCCAGCCCACCUCAAGGUAUUAUUUCUGGUUCUUAAGCAGGACAUGAUGAAAUGUUCUGAAUGCUCUUAUUUAGGUGGAAAACUUGGAGGAGCUAAUUCGAACAAGGAAGUUGCCACUUCAAGACCAGCUAAAGGUACCACAAUCAUUUUCUUGAAUUAAUGUUGCAUCUUCUUCUUUUUUUAAUGAGAUUUGUAUUAAAGUCUUUCAUAAUACGUAAAAUAGUGGUUACCAAAAAACAAAUAGAAUAAGUGGAAUACAGAGUCCUUUCUUAGUAGGUCAUUCUUAGCCCUUACCACCCAUAGAGCACAGUAGCUCCUCCCAGCUCUCACCUGGGAUCUUUUCUUUCUCUUCCCAGCCUCUCACCCUGGGAGACUGACAUUUCCCUGUUUCUCACCCAGGGUCCUCCAACAACCAUUUACCACCCCCAUGAGUGUACAGUCUAUGGACCUUAAUAAAAGUCCCUGACAUGGGACUUCAAAGAGAACCAACAAAAGAAAGAAAAGGAACAAUAAGAAGAAAGAAGAGAGAAGGAGAUCAAUAAAAUAAAAAAGACAAACAAACAAAAGAAAAAGAAAAAUUAGAGAAAGAUUUUAAAAACUUCUGAUUUUCCAUCUGCCGCUUACAUAAAAAAAGAAAAAUAUAUAUGAUUAUUUAAGACAUUCAGUUCAUGCCUACACCCAUCUUCUUCACCUUGAAAUUGCAGAAAUGGUAACAAGUUGGGUGCAAUAUGAUCAGCUUAAUGAGGCAUUCAAAUUGAAUAAGAGGAAUGGUUUUGCGAUGCAAACCUCUCAGAAAGAUACCUGCUAGACCGGGGUAGUCAACCUUUUUAUACCUACCGCCCACUAAUGCAUCUUUCUUGAUUUCCUUACCCUCCACCAGUGCUUGAUAGAAGGAGGAUUCAGCUUGUGCUGUAGAACCCACUACUGCCCACCUAUAAUCCUGAAACGCCCUCUAGUGGGCAGUAGGUACCAGGUAGACAACCCCAUGCUAGACAUUAACAAUAAAUUACUGUCUAAAAUGUGUUUUUGUAUUGUAAACCACCCUGUGAUCUUCAGAUGAAGGGUGGUACAUGAGUGGUGGUGGUGAUGUAAAUAAAUAAAUUUCCAGGGUGCUGAGAGCUGUUAGGAGACCCCUAUUUCCUUCACAAAGCUACACUUUCAAGAGUGGUUUAACAAUUCCACUUUGCAGGAAACUUUGGAAAGUGUAGCUCUCUGAGUGGCAUAAGGUGUCUUUCAGGAGAGCAACGUCUGUCUGAAAGCUUCAUCCUGGGAGAAUGCCUGAAAUAAUUUACUACAAGGUGAUUUUUGUCGGUUCCAUUAUCAAUGAAACUAGAAACUUACCCGUAUUGCUGUAUUGCUAGCGUGCCAUUUCCCAUCAUAAGGAUACAGUUAGAGUUGACACAGCUGUGGUACUUGGGAGUCAACAAGUCACUCAAAAUCCCCUGCCUCUUUCAACCUUGCUUUCCAUUGUAGGGGUUUGCAAGACUAAAGGAAGCCCAGGACGCCUUGGAGCAGACAUAUCUACAGGCUCGAGAUGAAUACAGGCAGUUGCAGAACCAUCAAGAACCUGCGGGGGCGCUAGGAGACUUUGAUUCUGAUCGGUAUGUAUAUAAAGUGGUACCUUGGUUCUUAAACACCUUGGUACUCAAAUGCCUUGGUUCUCAAACGCCAAAAAAGCGGAAGUAAGUGUUCCGGUUUUUCAAACAUUUUUUGGAAGCCGAACGUCCAAUGUGGCUGUUGGCUAUUGUUUCCAGGGCACCUGGACCAAUCUGAAGCUGCGCCUUGGUUUUCGGACAUUUUGGAAGUCAAACGGACUUCCGGAAUGGAUUAAGUUUGGCGCUUUUGUUUUUGCUAUUUAUUUUGCGUUUUUGUUUUUGAGGCUUUUUCGGUUAAUUUGUUUUUGUGACUGUGUGGAACCCAGUUCAGCUACUGAUUGAUUGAUUGAUUGAUUGUGUGACUGUGGAAAUGAAUAAAAGCUCACCAUUCAAACAAUAACUAUAAUCAGUGCAGGUAAGAUUUUAUAUAUAUAUAUAUCUACAAUACUGUUUUAUUUAUUUUAUAGUACAGUACAUUGAUUAUUGCUUUCAUUUUAUGGAUCAAUUGUAUCGUUAGAUAGUAAAAUUUAUGUUAAAUUGCUGUUUUUGGGGUUGUUUUUAAAAGUCUGGAACAGAUUACAGUGGUACCUCAGGUUAAAGACACUUCAGGUUACAGAUGCUUCAGGUUACAGACUCUGCUAACCCAGAGAUAGUGCUUCAGGUUAAGAACUUUGCUUCAGGAUGAGAACAGAAAUCGUGCUCUGGUGGCACGGCAGCAGCGGGAGGCCCCAUUAGCUAAAGUGGUGCUUCAGGUUAAGAACAGUUUCACGUUAAGAACAAACCUCCAGAACGAAUUAAGUUCUUAACCUGAGGUACCACUGUAAUCCAUUUUGCAUUACUUUCUAUGGGAAAGCAUGUCUUGGUUUUGGAACGCUUUGGUUUUGGAAUGGACUUCCGGAACGGAUUAAGUUUGAGAACCAAGGUACCAUUGUAUUGCACAAGUUGAUUGAGCAAGGAUUUCAGGCAUGGAGUCUCUCCCAGCCCUACCUGGAGAUACUGGGGGUUGAACCUGAGGCCGUCUUCAAACUGUCCUGGGUUGGAUAGGAAAAGUGGGAACUAAAUAUGAGGAGAAGACAGUGUGUUGACAGACUUUUGGAUGAGACCCCUUGGGAGCUGUUGCCAGUCAAUUUAGAUCAGGAGUAGCCAAGGCAGCAUCACCCAGAGGUGGUUGUUGGACUACAAGCCCCAUCAUUUUUGAAUAUUGGUCAUGCUACUGCAUGGGGUAGAUGGGAGUUGUAGUCCAACAACACUUUGCCUACCCGUGAUACAGGAAGUACUAAGCAUUAUAGAGCAAUAGCCUGACUUCUGUACUCCUAUUCCCUGAGCUAUAUUGCUGUUCUAGCUUCUCUCAUCUUUGCUAACUCAUUUUAACACUUUCCAGAGCCGUGGAAGGACAGAUAUUCCAACUGGAGAUGCGCUUGGAGGAGCUGAAGGAAAGGAUUGACCAGGCAAUGUGGGACCAGCCAGUUGCACAGAGCAGCGUUGAGGCGCCUGAUUCAUCUCCUACCUGUUUUCCAGCUCAGGCAUCCGAGUCGCAGAUGAGGUCGCCGACUCCAUCUCUUCAAGCCCCAGUCCCGGCUGUCUGCACUCCAUACCCUGAGGUCACAUGCAAUUACUUCAAGGUUUUCCCAAGCGAGAAAUGGCAUAUCUAAAGGAUAUUUUGAUGGACAGAUAGAUUUGAUUAUAUUUCUAUGCUGCUUUUCAUUCAGAGCUAUCCCAAAGUGGAUUACAAGCAAUAGAGCAAUAACAUGAUAGAACAUAAUAGAAUAUCACAAACACAGCAUAAAUCGUAUGGAAUAAUUAACAAAUCAUCAGUGAAGCAAUUAGUCUAUAAAACACUGUUAACAAGGCAACAACUAAGAAAUAAGCUAAACAUCACAAUUAAAGUGAAAGUAAUAUUCGAGAUGGGACGUGGGUGGCACUGUGGGUUAAACCACAGAGCCUAGGGCUUGCCGAUCAGAAGGCUGACGGUUCGAAUCUCCACGACGGGGUGAGCUCCCGUUGCUCGGUCCCUGCUCCUGCCAACCUAGCAGUUCAAAAGCACGUCAAAUUGCAAGUAGAUAAAUAGGUACUCCUCUGGUCGGAAGGUAAACGGCGUUUCUGUGUGCUGCUCUGGUUCGUCAGAAGCAGCUUAGUCAUGCUGGCCGCAUGACCUGGAAGCUGUACACCGGCUCCCUCGGCCAAUAAAGCGAUAUGAGCGCCGCAACCCCAGAGUCAGUCACGACUGGACCUAAUGGUCAGGGGUGCCUUUACCUUACUAAUAUUCGAGAUACAGGAGUGUGUUUAAAGGUUUCUUUGUGCACCAAUCUGAAAGUUUUUUUAUACCCUGGAUUUAUUGGUAUUACUCUGGAGCCCUUUACAAGACCACAUAUAUUACAAAGCAUGAAAUGGCUUGUGUCUCCUAUCUCGCCUGUGGGACACUGUCUCCAGGCCAGGGCCAGAUGACACAUGAGGCAGGCUGAGGAAGCUGCCUCAGAUGUGGAAGCCCAAGAACAGGCAUUCCAACUUGCAUAAAAUAUUGGGGAGGCCCAGGUAAGCCCUGCCUCGCAUAUUGAUCACAAGGCGUGUUGCAAACACACCAUUUGAAUGUCAGUGCUCAUCAACUUGUGGGGGGCAGCCCUUUCAAAUCUUUUAUUGUGGAAUGGGGUCUAAGGGACCUUAGCCACUAGGAGUUGGCUUCUGUGCCCAAGAGACAGCACCCCCACAAGUGCCCCACUCAUCAUACUGCCUCCACCACUGGUGAAGAAGCAGUGUUGGCUUUUCCGGCAAGAUUUCAUGUGCUCUAUGAGAUUUCUCAAGAUCUCACCAGAAGCUGCCAUGUCUGCUGCUGCUUUAUGGGCACCACCAUGCAACCCAGGAAAGGGAGAUUUUGGUAGGAGUGGGGAAGAGCGGUGGCAGUAUGGGGGGGCACCUCCCUGUUUCACCUAAGGUACUAAAAAGGGAAGGGUUGUAUUAAGUAGUGGGUGGACAUAGCAGACGACCCAGAGAUUUCUCCAAGUAGUUCUUUAUAAGUAAGCUGAAACUGAACUGAACAGCAAACAGCUCAGCAGCCUGCUUUUAUAGGCAGCCGGCUGUCAACAAUAUAACAACAACAGCCCAGGGUUUCCCACCUAAAUUAACUUAGACGGACCUGAGUGAAAACUAUAUACACAAUACCCCCUGGUGGCCAGGGUGAGAACUUCAAUAGAUAACAGUUUGUCCCUGCAUCAGGCCAUGCAGUAGGCCAUGCUUCCAUGGCAGCCAUCUAGUGACUGGCGCCCACAGCACUUUCUCAAAAUUCAAAAUGCACCCACUAGUCCUCCAUAAAGGUCACCAACCUCUGUUCUAGACUGACAGUGAUUUAAAUUGUUCAACAUUUUAUACCAAUUGCCAAAUUCUUUUGGAGAGGGGGUGGCUUUGCUUUCAUUUGGGCCUUGCUCAUGCCUUGACUCUCUGCUCUUCAGGCCCCCUUCCCCACGAAUGGCCGCAGCCAAGCCCAGCUGGACAUGGAAGUGAACUCCAUCAGUGAUGAGACUGGAGAAGAGGGAGAAAGCAGCCUUCCGGAACCACUCCGGCACAUGCAAGCCAAGGUGGAAAAGGACUUUGAUCACCUCCUGGACCAGUAAGUGUAUGAGUUUUGUGUAUAUGGGGUGAAUGUCUUUUUGAUGUCAGAGAAAGACCUCUCCCCCCAGUCCUUCGAUAAUCUUUUAUAGAUUUACAGCCUUUUCACUCUUCAAAUAAAAAUUAUCUCUGCAUCAUGCUGUUGUUCUAGCAUGGUAGAAUGUAUCCCUUUGGAUUUCUGAACAAAUUGAUCGUUGCUUUGAUGUUUUUUUCUCUAGGACCCCAUUUUUGCUAUACUUUUAAAGCAGUAUUCUGCCCCUCCCAAUAACUGUGCCCUUCUGCAAAGAAUCCUGGGAAUUGUAGUUUGUGCUUAAAGUCCUUAGGAGACCCCCGGUCCCCUCAGAGCUACAGUUCCCAGAGUUUCUGGAAAGGGGAAUUGGUUGUUAAACUGAGAACUGUAAUACUGAGAGGGGGAACAGAGGUCUCCUUAGACCUCUCUGCCCCCUUAACAAACUACAGCUCCCAAGAUUCUUUGGCAAAAGCCAUGACUGUUUAAAGUGGUAAGGUGCUGUUUUAAAUGCGUAGUGCAGAUGAAACCUAUAUCUCUACUUUGAAUGGUUGGUUGAUAGAUUGGGUUGCUUCCAGUGAAGUUCUACUCAGAGUAGACCCAUUGAAGUGAAUGUGCCUAAGUUAAUCAUGUCCAUCAAUUCAAAUGGGCCUACUCUUAGUAGGACUGGCAGCGACUAAUAUUCAGUGUCAGUUCAUCUGGUUUCUGAAGGCUGACAGACCCAAGCUUAACCUAUUGUCUCUUGUCCCAUAGCUACAGCAGCUUCAAAUCUUUGCCAGAGGCUCUGAGCUUGGAGCAGCUGCACCUGGACAGACAUCACUCACCCCCAGAUGAAGCAGAUGGUGCAGCUAUAACCGAUGUUGGGACAAAGGAAGGCUCCCACUGGGUGGUGUCUAAAGCUAGCAAGACCUCUUGCAGGCCUUCAACCUUGCAGUAAGUCAUCCAGGAGAAGAAACCACACUUCAGCCAUGCCCUAAUUAUUUCAUAGGUCAGGGACCUGUGGCCCUCCAGAUGUUGCUGGAUUGUGAGGAAUAUUGCUCAUCCCUCAACAUUGGCCAUGCUUACUGAAUCUGAUGGGAGUCCACGGCAUCAGGAGGGCACCACAUCAGCUCUCUUUAUCUAUCCUGAACUUUCCAGCAAUCAGCUUCAUCAUAGGCAUCCAAUGAAGCUGAACGGUGGAGUAUUCCAGACAGAUAAAAGAAUAACCUUUACACAGCAUGUAGCAAUACAUUCCCACAGGAGGCAGUGAUGGCUGUCAACUUGGAUGGCUUUUAUUAAGUACAGUGGUACGUCAGGUUAAGAACUUAAUUUGUUCUGGAGGUCCAUUCUUAACCUGAAACUGUUCUUAACCUGAGGUACCACUUUAGCUAAUGGGGCUACCCACCGCAUGAUUUCUGUUCUCAUCCUGAAGCAAAGUUCUUAACCCGAGGUACUAUUUCUGGGUUAGCGGAGUCUGUAACCUGAAGCGUCUGUAACCUGAAGCGUCUGUAACCCGAGGUACCACUGUAGUGGGUGGACAUAGCAGGCGACCCAGAGAUUUCUCCAAGUAGUUCUUUAUAAGUAAGCUGGAACUGAACUGAACAGCAAACAGCAAACAGCCCAGCCGGCCUGCUUUUAUAGGCAGCCGGCUGUCAACAUGGUAAAACAACAGCCCAGGGUUUCCCACCUAAAUUAACUUACCUGGACCUGAGUGAAAACUAUAUACACAAUACCCCCUGGUGGCCAGAGUGAGAACUUCAAUACAUAACAGCUUUACAAGAGGAUUAGACAAAGUCAUAGAAGACAAAGCUAUCAACAGCUACUAGCAAUGAUGGCCAUGUUUUGCUUCCACCGUUGGGGGCAGUAUGCCUCUGAAUGCAAGUUGCAGGGAAUUGCAGGAGAGCAGAAUUGCACUCAUGUCUUGCUUGUGGGCUUCCCACAGGCUUCUGGUUGGCCACUGGGAGGGCAGGAUGCUGGACUAGAUGGGCUAUUGGCCUGAUCCAGCAGGGUCCUUAUGUCCUUAACUGCCUCUGGUCUAACCACUCUGCACAUUGCCUUGAAAAUAUUGGUGGGAGACCUUUCACAGACCACCAUGAUGCCUGCAAACAUUCUGGGAUGUGACUAAACUUAGAAGCAGGGGGGCUUGCUUUUCCAACAAAGAUGCCUUUGCUUUCUCUCCCUCUUUCUUUCCCAGAGUUGGACAAAGGAGCUUUUUAUUUUAGGCUAUUUUUAUUUUCAGUUCUUCCUACUCAAUAGGGCUGAGUUGGCAGGGCAGAUGCAGGGGCGGGGACUGUGGAAGCAGAAAAAAGAGAAACCGAAGGAAAUAGGGGAGUGGGGGAAGGGGACGAAUUUGAUGGCAAGGAAGUGAAUGUGAAGCCUGGAAUCACAUGGAGUGAAAAGGAAGGGGGAGGGAAAUGCGUAUGAAAUCUCUCUCUCCUUUCCUUUCCUUUCCUUUCCUUUCCUUUCCUUUCCUUUCCUUUCCUUUCCUUUCCUUUCCUUUCCUUUCCUUUCCUUUCCUUUCCUUGCAUGUUUGCAGGAUGCCCAUGGCUGCAGCUUGUAGCUUCCCUACUUAUGUAAAACAUAGUGCCUGCCUCUAUAACCCAUGCAAAAAGACAGCUUUGUAAUUUGGGCACAUGAAAGCACAGAUCCUACUUUAGAAGUCUGGGAAUGAAGGGCCUUCUUAGUCUCUGGGUUCUGACAGGAACAGACUCUCAUAGCCUGGCUUGAAAAGCACUUGCAGCAGGUUUGGAUUGCUCCUUCUCUUCCCAGAUCCCCAGGUGGGGAUUAAAAAAAAAAAAAGUGAUGUUGCUAACUCCUAAAUGUAUGGUGGCUGGGGAGGUUAAUCCACCUUCUUCUCCAGGAUGAAUGUUUAAUAAGAAAACCAUCUGAACAUGCCCUAGGCCAAGGGUUGCAAGUUCUUCAUCCCUGACUUAGCAGGUGCCAUCUUGAAUGUUGGACUUUUCAACAGCCACUGGCAUCUUCUGUGUUCCUAUUCCCUGAGCUAUAUUCUUGAAACUGCUGAGAGCUUACCUUGGAAGUAGGGGCAGUCCAGAAUGUGAAAGGCUGUUGACAGCAAAGCCUUCGUAUGUUACUUUCCCCAGAAGCCUUUAUUUGUUUUGUUUCUUUAAAGUGAAGCUGCACCUUUGACCCGAUAGCUUUAUUCAGAAAUCUGUAAAACUAGAAUGUGGCCGGAAUAGGUCAGACAACCCAUAAGCCUCUGCUGAGUCCUCCCUUCUCUCUCUUCCUGCUCCCCCAUUUCUAAUAGGCAGCCCCAACAGAUGGAACCUUCUGAGCAGCUUUUGAGGAAGUCCCAGCAGGAAGUACCUGACCAGACCAGCUGCUCACCAUCCAUCCAGCAGGAGGAGGAGCCAGUUCCUCAGGGUUCAGUUGAACAAAAAUGUCCAUUGUCUCCAGUUCCAAAGGCCUCAUCAUCUAAGAGGCAGCAAAAGCACCUGUCGCCACAGAGCAGCAUGGUCAGUGUGGCAGGCAGUGCUGCUUCUGAACACACAGCCAAGAAGUCUCUCCAGAAGACAAACACAGGAUUGCCUGAGGUAAGCAUUGGUUAGUGGGGAGGGGGCUGUCACAAUGGAGCAGUGGGAGAAAACAUUUUUCACCACGAGGGCCACCUUCCUUUCUGGGAGCCAUGUGCUUUCUGGGAGCCAUGUGCCAGGGGGUGGGACCCAGAGUGUGGGAAGAAUCUGGGACCUGGUGUCCUCCAAGUUUUAUUGAGAUUUGACUCCCAUCAUCACCAGCCAGCAAGCCAAGAGAAAUGAGGAGUCCCUGGCCCAAUGACCAGGUAUGGUGGGAGUGCUACUUCUUAAGAGCAGAGCAGGGGGAAGAACCUGUGGUCCUUCAGACAUCGUUGGAUUACAGCUCCCAUCAUCCCUGACCAUUGGCCAUGCUGGCUGAGGUUCACGGCAGCUGGAGUACAGAAACAUAUGGAGAGCAACUGGAUCCACAUUUCUGCUUGGGGGCCAAUGAAAGCCCUGAGAAGCAGCUCUCCUCUGCUUGGAGAUAGGAUUGGAGAAAGAGGUUUGGGACUGGGCAGUGAAACUUGGAGGCUAAAGUAAUUUGGGAAUGGUUCAACUUGAGUCAAAAUUAAAUCAAUUUUAGGUGCCCCUGUUCUGAAUAGAGAUGAGAGGGAUCUUGCCUGUCCUUCUUGUGACCCAUGGAGUGAAACAUACAGUCCAUAUGCCGUGUAUUCUAAGCCGAACCUACCUCACAAAUUUGCUGAGAGGGUAAAUAUUGGGGUGGAGAUGACCUCAACUUCGUGAAGGAAAUACCAAAUAAAAAUGUUUAUAUAUAUCCUUUGUUGCCUCAAAAUAUGGUUCUUUUUGAGGAAGUUCAGGCAAUCAUUUAACCGCCUCAAGGAUAAGGUAUAUUUUUCAGCCUGUGGGCCACAUUCAUUUCUGGGCAGCCUUCCAGGGGCCACAUGCCUGUGAUUGCCUGAGUUGGUGGCAAAUGUGGGUGGAACAAAGGAAGUAAAUUUUCCCCUUGUACAGAACACUAUUUUAUACACACUCACUCACAUAACUCUCUCGAUUUUCCAUUCAGGCAAGCCAGAGGCACUAUUAAAAUCCAAAAAAAUGUCCCAGCCAGGAAAAACACCCAAGAAGGAUGCAAAUAUGGGCCCAUCAAGAAGUGGGGUUGGCCUCAGAAGAGUCCUGAGGGCCAAGUAGAAAGGCUCGGAGGACUGCAUUCAGCACUUGGACUUGACGUUCCCCACAUCUUCUUUUUCCCUCUCUUGCAGAAUUUACGCCUUGUUUCCCCUGAGACAGACAGUGGAUUUGUGGGAUCAGAAGCCAGCAGGGUGUCCCCGUUGGCACAAAUGCCAAAGCACUAUACAUCCAAGUUUAGGUAUGAAGCCUCCCUCCCUUCUUUUCUUAUGAGUUGUGUUAAUUCCCAUAAUUGUGUCCCUGAGUUGGCAGUGAACAGGAGGAAGUAUAUAGAAGAUACCUGAAGACAAAAAGUGGGUGAAACCAGGAACUGGGUGGGCAUCCAGCAAUAUUCAGAUAAAGGAAAGUGUGGUUGGAAGACCUGGAGCAUGAAAAUGACCAAACUAAUUGCAAGCUAUUGGAAGUUUUUUUUUUUAAUAUGUGUUAGGAGAUUUGACCUCUUGUAUCAGCUUUAGUUUGACUUACAGCAGAAUCAGAUUGCAAUUCUAGACUUGCACACUUGGGAGUAAGACCAGCUGAACCCAUUGGGGCUUCCUCUUGAGUAGACAUGAAUAGCAUGGGUGAGGAUUCUAUGGUCUUGCAGGUAUCACUGGACUCCUACCAUCAUCCUUGAUCACUAUCAUGCUGACUGGGGCUGAAGGAAGUUAGGGUCCAAGGACAUUUGGCUCUCCUCCUUUGCACUAUUUUUUAUUAGUAGUGUUGCUAUUAUUUCAUUGGCUUUUUAUCCCAUCCUUGCUUAGGAGCCAAGGACAGCUAUAGAACAUUAUAAAAUACCCAUGUCUUCACAGUCAUUAAAACAGCUAAAACUACAUCUCUUAAAAGCUGCUUUGUAGAGGAAGUCCCUCAAAAAGAAGGGUACACUUUUAAAAAUAGCAUCUAUUUUGCCUGCAGAAUGUCCCAGGUUCAAACCACAGUAUUUCUAGAUAGGGCUGGGAAAGCUGGGCUAGAAGGACCCAAAGAUCUGACUUGGUAUAAAACAACUUUGUGUUCCCAUUUCUUGUCAAGGUCCCACAGCAUGCUGGGAAAUUCAACCUCUGUUGAUGUAGACUUCGAAGCAGAAUCUCUAAGGAAAGCGCCUGUCACAUUGGAAUCAUUGGAAACAGACAGGUCACCCAGGCACACACAAUCAGACAAUGGGAUGCAGAGACAAGGCCUCUCCAAAGGAAGACAUUUCCAGCUUAGCUCCCCUACCAGGUGGACCAACAGCAUCGCCAGUGAGAUGGAGCCAGGCAUGGAUAGUGGUGAGCUAAAAGCAGUCAAUUGCUUUGAACAGGAAUGCCAGGUCAUGUGCCUGUUCUUAUUUGAGGUCUUUCCUAACAUCCUGCCCCUCAGUACCUUGCUAGCUGCACUACCCUGAACAUUCACUCACAUAAAGCUCUAGCACAUGCUCACACAUGCAGCCCGGCCAGCCUGUACCAGCUUACCUGGAUCCCCGAAACACCUUGCAGAGAUCAAACAACACCCCUGAAUCAUGGACCUUUUGCACGGCCUAGUGCUGGGUCAGUUUCAACACGCUGCAACAGGUAUUUGUUCUGUGCCAUCCUAAGCGCAUAGGGAUGCAGGUGGCGCUGUGAUCUAAACCACAGAGCCUAGGGCUUGCCGAUCGGAAGGUCGGCGGUUCGAAUCCCCACAACAGGAUGAGCUCCCAUUGCUCGGUCCCUGCUCCUGCCAACCUAACAGUUCAAAAGCACACCAAAAAGUGCAAGUAGAUAAAUAGGUACUGCUCCAGCAGGAAGGUAAACGGCGUUUCUGUGCGCUGCUCUGGUUCACCAGAAGCGGCUUGGUCAUGCUAGCCACAUGACCCGGAAAAACUGUAUGCGGACAAACGUCGGCUCCCUUGGCCAGUAAAACAAGAUGAGUGCCGCAACCCCAGAGUCGUUCAUGACUGGACUUAACUGCCAGGGGUCCUUUACCUUUCUUUUUCUUUUUUUUUAAAAUCCUAAGCACUUUCCUCGCUCCCUGCAUCCAGUUGUAGGGAAAGAGAGUUUGUCAAGAGUGGUGAGCACUGGAGACUCUGUGAUGCACAUGUUGGCUGGUAAUCAGCUCUUGGAGUCACAGGGGAAGUGCUUCUACAGGUGAAAGUGCCAUAUCUCAGUGGUACAGCACCUGUCUUGCAUGCAGAAGUUCCCAGGUUCAUUCCUUAGCAUCUCCAGGUAGGGCUGGGAGAGAGACCCAUGUAUAAAGCCCUGGAGACCUGCUGCCAAUCAAUAUAGGCAAUACUUAGCUAGAUGGACUAAUGAUCUGGCUCUGUAUAACGCAGUUUCCAAAGUGGAAAGAUCCACGAUUCAUGCAUUGCUGUGAUUCCUGGAUUGCAGAGUUGUUGUUGUUUUAUUAAGUUUUUUUUUUUUUUUAAUACAUUUUUAUUAAUUUUCAUUGAUUAUACAUAUAUACAGUCUAGAUUACAUAAGUUGCAUAUAACAUAGCUGUUACAAAAAUCAUAUAUAUAGUACACAAUUAUUUAUGGGCUCCGCCGAGCCUCAGACUUCCCUUCACUUUAUUGAUAAGUAUCAGAUAAGUUCUAAAGUUACAUGUUUUAUCUCCUUUACAUAUUUGCCAAACACUGUUAGAGUUAUUCUAACCCUGCCAGAGUCCUCAAAGUUCUAUACUUAUCUCUUAUAUACGUCAGAUAUUUAUUCCAAUUUUCAUGAAACUUCUGGUCAUCCUGGUCUCUUAGUCUUCCUGUUAUUCUAGCUAGUUCAACAUAAUUUAUCAUCUUGUUCUGCCAGUCGUCUAUAGUAGGUAUUAAUUCUGUUUUCCAGCUUUGGGCCAACAUAUUUCUAGCGGCCGUUGUGGCAUAUAGAAACAGAUUUUUAUCCUCUUUUUAAUUUCCUUGCCAACUAUUCCUAGCAGGAAAGCUUCAGGCUUUUUGGGAAAAGUAUAUUUAAAAAUCCUUUUAAGCUCAUUGUAGAUCAGUUCCCAAAAGCCUUUUACUUUCCUGCAUGUCCACCACAUGUGGUAGAACUCACCAUCUUCCUCUCCACAUUUCCAGCACUUCUUAUUCUUCAGUUUGUAAAUCUUAGCCAAUUUCACUGGUGUGAGAUACCACCUAUGAAUCAUCUUCCAGAGAUUCUCCCUUAAUGCCGUACACGCCGUGAAUUUCAUAUUUACAUUCCACAAUUCCUGCCACUUUACAAAGUCAAUGUUGUAACCAAUGUCUAUGGCCCAUUUUAUCAUAGCCUCCUUCACCUCUUCAUCUUUUGUAUACCAAUCCAGUAAAAGGUCAUACAUCCUAGAUAAUGUUUUGUUUUUGCCUUCAAUAAUUUCUACAUUAAAUUUAGAUUUUUAUCUUCAAAUCCCAGUUUCUUUUAUCAUCUUUUAACAGAUCAUUCACUUGAUGGUAUUGCAACCAUCCCGUAAGUACAUUCUUUACCUCCUCAUAGGGCUUGAGUUUUAUGCCCUGAUCAGUUUUAUUGAUAAGUUCUUCAUAGGUGGCUCUUUUCCUUCCAUAUUAGUUUUUUAACAGUUAAGACAUCAAUUGGUGAGAUCCACCAUGGAGUUUUCUUUUCCAGCAAGUUCUUAUUUCUUUCCCAUACUUGAAAUAAUGAUCCUCUGAUUAUAUGAUUUAGAAAGCCUCUAUGAACUUUCACCUUUUCGUACCACAGGUACGAGUGCCACCCGUACCUGUUAUCAAAGCCCUCUAAAUCCAAGAUAUCAGUAUUCUCUAACUUUAUCCAGUCUUUCACCCACAUUAAACAAGCCGCUUCAUAGUAUAGACUCAAAUCUGGUAAAGAAAACCCCUCUUUCUUUUUGUCUACCAAUAUUUUCAUUUUUAUUCGUGGUCUUUUCCCCUGCCAGAUAAAUCUCGCUAAGAUCCUUUGCCAAUCUUUACACUGUUUUAGUCCUUUCAUUACUGGUAUAGUUUGGAACAAAAAUAACAUUCUGGGCAGGACGUUCAUUUUAAUAACCGAGAUCCUCCCUAAGAAAGAAAGUUUCAAUCUCUCCCAGAUUUCUAAGUCUUUCUUGACACCCUUCCAAGUAGCCUCAUAAUUAUCUUUAUAUAAGUUUAUAUUUUUGCUGUGAUCCACACUCCUAAAUAUUUUACCUUCUUAACAACCGUAAUUCCUGUCCUUUGUUCUAGCUCUGCUAUCUCUUCCUUGGUUAUAUUUUUGUUAUCAUUUUGGUCUUAUUCCUGUUAAGCUUAAAACCUGCCACUUUUCCAAAUUCUUCUAAUUUCUGUAAGGCUGCUUGUAGACUGUUCUUAGGAUCUUCCAAUGUUAAUAUCAAGUCAUCUGCAAAUGCUUUUAUUUUGAAUUCCUUACUUCCUACCUUAAUUCCUUUAACUUCCGGUGUUUCCCUUAACCUUUUAUUAAACACUUCCAACACUGUUAUAAAUAACAAAGGGGAUAAAGGACAACCUUGCCUAGUCCCUUUGGCAAUAUCAAAGGCCUCCGAUAUAUUGUUAUUUAUUAUAAGUUUGGCAUUUUGCUCUUGAUAAAUUGCGUCAAUACCUUUUCUAAAUCCUUCACCAAUUCCCAUCAUUUUUAAAUUUUCCUUCAUGAAACGCCAGGAGACGUUGUCAAAUGCCUUCUCGGCGUCAAUGAAGAUCAGCGCCGCCUGUUUGUCUAUUCUAGUAUCCAAAUACUCAAUGAUGUCAAUCACAUUUCUUAUGUUGUCUUUCAGUUGUCUCCCGGGAGGAAACCCGUUUGGUCUUUAUGGAUUCUUUUAUUUAAGACUUUUUUAACCUUUCUGCCAGUACGUCUGCGAAUAAUUUAUAGUCGUUAUUUAGUAACGAAAUAGGUCUAUAAUUUUUUACCUCUAAACCAUCUGUGUCUUUUUUAGGGAUUAAGGUAAUAUACGCUUCUUUCCAGGUGUUUGGAAUUCUCCUUCUUUUAAUACAUUGUUCAUGACUUCACAUAGCACUGGGGAAAUUUGGUCACUUAAUAUUUUAUAAUAUUUAGCCGAGAUACCAUCUGGCCCCGGCGCUUUUCCUAUUCUCAUUUUUUUUAUUGCUUUCCUAAUUUCUUCCUCUGUAAUUGUCUGGUUUAGAUAUUCUCUUUCUUCAGUGGUGAUCUGUUGCAAUUGGUAUUUUUUCGAGUAAUUUUCUAUCUCAUUAUCUAUCUCUCUUUCUCUUUUAUAUAGUUCCUUAUAGUAUUUCUGAAAUAUCUUCUUUAUCUCUUUUGGGUCCUCCACUAUCCUUUCUCCAUCCCUUAUCUUACAUAUCAUGUUUUGUUUUUUCCUCUCUCUCAAUUGCCACGCCAGGUAUUUUCCUAUCUUAUUUGCUGAUUCAAAGUUCUUUUGUUUCAUCAUUUUGAUCCUCCAUUCAAUCUCCUGGUUCACUAUCAUAGAAAAUUGAGCUUGUAGCAUCCUUAUGUUUUGUUUUAAUAUUUCAUCUCCUGGUUUGAUGGUUAAUUGUCUUUCAUUCUCCAUAAGGUGUAGUAAGAUUUCUUCUUUCCUUUUCUCUUUUAUCUUUUUGAGAUGCUAUUUUUCUGAAUAAGAAAACCCCUCAUGACAGCCUUCCCGGCAUCCCACACCGUUUCUAGAGAUGUUUCUUUAUUCAAAUUCCACUUAAAAUAUUCCUCAAUUGUCUCUUUUUGCUUUAUUUGCUAUCUUUUGAUCAUUGAAUAGGUUUUCGUUCAUUCUCCAUCUUAAUGUUCUGAAAUCUUUUCCUUUUACCUCCAUAUAUACUGGAUUAUGAUCAGAUAAAGUUUGUGGGAGGAUUUCAGUCUUAAUUACUCUUUGCGUCAAUUCCUUCGAGACCCAAAUCUCUAAUCUCUAAGGAAAGCGCCUAAGGAAACUUACUAGUCGCUUAUCGCCCCAAGGUGUGCAGGUGACUUACAGCAGGUGUGUGCAUGUGCUUGCACCAUAAGGUGCAACCAUAAGGGAAGAAAAAAGAGAGGAAGGGUCAUACAAGACAUCACUAUAUCAUCUAACAUAACAUUUAUGAAAAAACAAAAACACACCCACCAUAUAAUUAAUAACAGACAAUAUUAACCAUGCAUAAAUAAUAAACAAAGAAUACUCCCACCCACUAAUUAGCAGAUAAACAACUGUUUUACCCCUUUUAAACUCCUCUCCCCACCCAGAAGUCUAGAAUCAGGCCAUCUGUUGCAAACCAACAGUGGAUGGGUCCCACAUCCUCAAGCCAGGGAUGGUCCUGCUCCUCUCCUCUGCCUUUGCUAGGCAAAGCAGGAAAAGGUUGGCAAAAGUCUUGCCUGUUUUGCAGUUCAUCCAGCUACUGCUUAUCUUCUGCUGCCACUGGUGGCCCUUGGGGGUCCCUUCUAACCCUAUGAUUCUAUGAUGUGUUUCUGGCUCUUUUCUCACCAGCUCACACAGACUCUGAGGCUGAUGCCCAGGCAGGACUUGAAACUUACAAUGCGCCUCCUGAUGAAGCAAGACAUUCUCCUAGCUCCUCUGCUGUUUCGCUGCCCCCAGACCAGACUCAUGACUACAGUCUCCUUGACUCCCACGUGCACCGAGCGUAAGUUUCCUCUUUGGAAUGGUGGGGGCACUGGGUGAGAAACACAAUAGAUCAUAGAUGAGGAACCUCAGGCCGAGGUGGCCGAGGCAGUCCCUCAGACCACUUUGCCUGGCCCUCAGAACUCUCCCCAGACCACACCCAUCACUGGGUGAUGGUGCUUUGUACCUUCCUCGAGUCUUUUGGGCAAACUGGAAUGUGUCCAUGAACUCCUACAGUGCUCCUCACUUCCCUUCAUGGAGGAUGGAGGGGGGAUGUGCAAAGAAAAAAGCCAACUGAAUACAGUGGUACCUUGGGUUAAGUACUUAAUUCGUUCCAGAGGUCCGUUCUUAACCUGAAACUGUUCUUAACCUGAAGCACCACUUUAGCUAAUGGGGCCUCCCACUGCCACCGCACCGCCGGAGCACGAUUUCUGUUCUCAUCCUGAAGCAAAGUUCUUAACCCGAGGUACUAUUUCUGGGUUAGCGGAGUCUGUAACCUGAAGCAUAUGUAACCUGAAGCGUAUGUAACCCAGGGGAACCACUGUAAAGCUAAAAUCAGCAUUCAUUGCUCUGCCCACUUUUUGCUUCGGGUCCUUGCACACCACUAUUUUGUGGCCCCUGGAAGGUUGCCUGGAAGGGAGUGCAGCCCUCAAGGUGAAAAAGCUUCCCCUCCCCUGGUCUGUACUAACUGGCAGCAAACCUCCAGGUUUUUGGGUCAGUCUCUCCCAGCCUUGCCCAGAGAUACCAGGGAUUGAGCCUUCUGUGUACAAAGCAGAUGUUCCACCACUGAGCUACGGCCCUUUCCUCCAGAGGAGAAGGCAUCAAUUUUAACCCUUUUUAGGGGAACAUUUUCUCCAUUUGGCAAGCUUGCAUUCAGCUACCAGCCUGGGAGCUUUCCAUCAUUCUUAAGAGCUAACUCCUGCAGUAAAAACAUUCCAUAUGCAAGCUGGUUAUGUUUUGUACUUACUCUGUAAGAACUGUAAACAGAAGCAGCCUCACUAGAAGUGAAGUUGUUAGGAUUUUUCCAAAGUGGAUGCCCUAUCACCAAGCUAUGACCCUUCCACUAUAGUGUGUACAAUUUGGGUUGCUGGACAUGUAUAGCAUGCCUAAAAUUAAUAUCUCUUGUCAUGCUAGGUCCUGAUUUUAACUGAUCCUUGGUUGGGGGUUGUUUUUGUCCCUUUAACAGCCAGGCUAUCAGAGCUUUGCAGCAUGAAGUCUCUAAGCUUCGCCAAGUCCUGGAGAGGACCCUCCAGCAGCCUCAUGGUUAUCCAAAGCAGCCACCCUCUGCACAUACCUCUACACCCCAGAUGCCAAGACAGGACAGGACCCGCCUCCCCAGAAGUGCCAAUCCAAUAGGGUAAGCAAUGGGCAGAGCUUGUUCCAGGUUUGAGGGUGGCCCAGGCAGCCUCUCCUUUCUCCAUCCCUGUCUCCUGAUGGCAGCCAGGGCUGGUUCAUGUAAGGAUUUUCCCACAAUGCCUCUGGCAAAGCAUUUCUUCAGAGAAUGGUGGGGAGUUAAAAUGGCUGCUAGAUUCAGCUGCCUUAUGCUACUUGAAGGGGCAGGCUGCUGGAGGGGCAGGCGCCAGCAACAUGCCUUACCUGGACCUAGGGGCCCUGGCACCUGCCUGAAGAUGCUGGGUAUUGACACCCUGCACAGCAACAAGUGUCUUCUCUCUGGUGCCAUCUGCUGCCCAUACAAUGUCGCAGAAGCCCAGCUUUCUUUCUUGCCUUUAUUUACACCAGGUAUCAGCUGGAAACCCACUGGAAACCUGAAAUAUGAUUUAUUGUUUGUUGAGACUAAUGAUAUCCUAUAAUUUUUCACAUACAAGGUCAUUUUUAGGCAAACACUUGGUAAGCUUCUGUUGCAAAAAGAGGGGUGGUCUUGGAGCCCUGAUACGCAGAGGAGAGAGGGGCACUGCAGAGGUAAAGACCCCUUACUUGUGCCCACCACUUCUUCCCUUUUAAAUUUUCUCACACAGACACACAUACUCUCUCUCACACAGAUUUGCAGUAGAUAAGCAGAAGUUCUCUGCCCUGUGCUUGCUGCUGCUCAUGUAAGGAAUGGUGCAGUGUGCCUAAAACAAUUCACUGUCUUGCAGGUCCAACUACAUCCCCACCUCAUCUCGCAGCAAAACAUCCGGGAAGAACACAGCUGACCAUGACAGUUCAGCUCUGUUGAUCAAGCCAGAAGAUUGGAUAAAGAGAUCAAACCAGCAAGAUGGAAUCCAGCUGGAUCUCAGUAAGCAACAAAAAUGUUUGUGGUGUGCAUUAGGUUGCUUUGGUUAUGCAAAGAGAUGCAUUUUAUUCUGAGGCUGAAUAUAAGCAUGCCUUUCAGAAGGAUGUGCUGUCUGUGCUUCUGUUCCUCAUAUAAGCCUGCCAGGACCCUAAGGUCCUUUUCUGCAUGCCACUUUUGAAGGAUGUCCUGAAGAACGAAGUACCUCGGAAGGUUUUUAAGCAGAGGUUGGAUGGCCAUCUGUCAGGGAUGCUUUAGUUGUCAUUCCUGCAUUUCAGGGGGUUGGACUAGUUCUGUGACUCUAUGAGGGUGGCAGUGACACAACAGUAGCACCUCCCACAUCCAUUGUACAAACUGCUCUAGUGCCAACCUUGACAUUUAUUUGAGGCAAAUAUGUUUUCUUUUUCCUGGGCAAUUGGGUAUCACCAAUCAUUGUACUGUUAAAUCUGGGUGGGUAUGUUUUGUUUUGUUUUAAAAAUGUUUAUGUGAAUUUUAUUUGUGUUUCUUUACAGUGGUUGCAAAUCGCUCCAGACUUUUUUUAAGGGAAGCAAUGUAUGAAUUAAAUAAGCCUAACCUAAACCCUUUCCAGCUUUUCAUUGUCAGUGACAUCUCAUGCACUAGCCGAUCAGUGCUGUGCACAAGUGGCUUCUGCUCCAAACCAACAGCACUUGAUUCCCUGGGACUUGAGCCUGUUUAAUGAAGUGACUGCUAUUCUAUGUGCAUAUGAGGACUGAGGGUGUCCCCACCUGUGUUGUUUGCAGGCCCUUCGGAGUCAGACUACUCACCACCAAAGCCAUGGAAAGGGAAACGCCAGGAAACCUCUGCUUCUAGGAAAGAAUCCCCAGAGCAGCCCAUCCUCUGGGGGCCCUACACUGGUGAGCAAUGGGCACCUGACCCUGCUUUUAUUUACCAAAUCAACUGCCCCAGGAAGGACUAGGCAGGUAGCAGUGCACUGCGCUAGAAAGGCUGGGUUGAAUUUCCAUGCUAAUAAAAAUAUGGCCUAAAUUUUAGGGGGAGGGUAUGGGAAGCAAAAGAGGGGAGCAGAACUGCCUUUCCCCCUUUUGCAUUUUGGGGGUGGGGGUGUAAUUUUCAGGGGAAAUUUGCUCUGAUUUGUGGCAAUAAUUUCUCCUCCCCUCCUCUCCAGGUGGGGGGGAAUGAAUGGUGGUCCCCAUUGAGAAAGCUACCAAGCAAAUUAUUACCAUCAUCAUCCUUUCAGUUUAUCAGUUGCUUGGCACCAAAUGUCUCCAGGCAACCUACAAAAUUUAAAAACAUAAAGUGUGGCAUAAAAUCAGAAAAAAAGAACAAUGUGUUACAAUAAAAGCUAUACAAUAAUAAUUAUAAUAAUAAUUUAUUAUUUAUACCCUGCCCAUCUGGCUGGGUUUCCUCAGCCACUGUGCAGCUUCCAACAGAACACUAAAAUACAAUAACCUAUUAAACAUUAAAAGCUUCGCUAAACAGGACUGCCUUCAGAUGUCUUCUAAAAGUUUGGUAGUUAUUUUUCUCUUUGACAUCUGGUGGGAGGGCGUUCCACGGGGCGGGUGCCACUACCGAAAAGGCCUUCUGCCUGGUUCCCUGUAACUUGGCUUCUCGCAGCGAGGGAACCGCCAGAAGGCCCUUGGCGCUGGACCUCAGUGUCUGGGCACAACGAUGGAGGUCGUUAUAGCGUCUCUAACAUAAGAAGACCCCUGCUGCAUUAAACCAAAGGCCCAUCGAGUCCAGCAUUCUCUUCCCACAAGGGAAACCAGAUGUCUGGAGUGUGUGUAUCAAGUUUCUUUGUUUUGAUUUCUGUAGGAACCCAGUAUUCUUUUUCAAGUCCCAAGUCGCAAGAACCAAAGACUCCCAAAAUCUCUGCCCCGUGCCCCUAUUGCCAAGAGGUCAAGUCACGGCUUGAAGACGUACCCACAAGAAACCAAGAUGCCAGAGGCUUCAAAGGUAUCAUAAGAAAAGCCCUGCUGGAGUUAGUCCAGCAUCCCAUUAUCACAGUAGCCAGCCAGAUGCUCCACUGGGAAGCCCACAAGCAAUAGCACUCCCCCCAUUUGUGAUUCUUAGCAACUGGUAUUCAGAGGUUUACUAACAGUAGAUGUAGAACAUAGCCAUCAUGGUGAAUAGCCACUGCUAGCCUUAUUAUCCACAAAUUUGUCCAACCCUCUUUCAAAGCCAUCCAGGUUGGUUGCUAUUGCUGUAUCUUGUGGGAGCAAGUACUUUUAACUCUGUGCUGUGUAAAUAAGUACUUUCUUUAGUCUGUCCUGAGUCCUCUAAAAUUCAGCUUCAUUGGAUGUUCAUGAGUUGUGGAUCUGCUUUCUUCACAUCAUCUGUCAUGUUGCCUCCUUCUCUCCUUUGCUUUAAACUAAAGAUGCCCAAACUCUGAAACCUUACCCCAUAGUGGAGUCGCUCCAUCCCCUUGAUCAUUUUGCUCAUCUGUGAGGCAGUAAUAGGAGUUGUAAUCAAAUAGAAUGUGGAGGGCCACAAGUGCCCCAUCUGCACAAUCCAGACCACAGAGCAGGGCAGGAUUCGCAGUGGCAGCAAAGUGGCUGGCUUAUGUCAGCAGUCCACUCUGUUGGAAGAACAAGGAAGUCAGAGUCUGUGAGCAGGGUAUGUUCUGAAUCAGGAGUUCCACACAGCAACUGAUAAGAAAAAUUAGCCCAUAACUUACACCACCAAAUGGCUCACUGAAGCAAUUGUGGAACGAAUCAGGUGCUGAAGGUUGCGUCUCUGCUGGCUCUCCACCUUAAAUUUCCUCUUGACUUUUCCCUUUUUACAAUUCUGGCACUUAGCAACAGGUGAAAUAGUGCCACAGGAAUCAUUAUCCUUGGUUAAAUGUUAACUGGUACCUGGUGAAUUCCUGCAUUCCUAAAUUAAGGACUCGGUCUACAUGUCUUUUCUUUUUUUAAAAAAACUUUUUUUAGGAGAUUAAAAAUAAAUAAAUCUGGGUCAGCAGUUUCAGCAGAAACUGAGAACGACUGGUCUGUCCAAGACUUAUCUAAUGAGUUCUAUGCUUGAGGCAUAGGCACCAGGUGCCAGGGCCUUGGGUGCUGUAGCACCCACAAAAUUCACUCUGAGGGGGCUGGGCACUCACAAAUUUUGGUGGUGGACAUCCGUGCUACAUCAGCACGCCUGGAGGCACGCAUGUCAUGAUUAAUUUAUAGCUCAAUAUCUUAGCUGCUUCCACAUACUGGUAGUGUGUUGUUGUUUUUUUAAAAAAAAUCCUCUCCAGGGCUCUGGUUCUGUGUAUUCUUGUUUUUGGAUUCGGGGUGGAGGGUCCUUGUGGCAAGAUGAAUUACUUUGUCUUUCAUUUCUAGGCUGUGACUCCCCAAGGGAUUCAUUUGGACCCUUCUACCAAAGCACUCCAAAGAAGUCAGAAGCACCAACCCAUCUGUGCAAGGACACCAGGAACCCCAGGAGCAAAGUAGUGCAUGGUGAGAAAGGGAAAUUCUGGUGUGAAAACUGAUGCCGUGUUGGCAAACUGGAGCGUAGGUCCUGACGAGGGCAGCAAGGAUGGUGAGGGGUUUGGAAACAGUUCCCAAGAGGAAAUAUAAGAUGAGGCUGCUAGCUCAAGCCAACAGCUCAUCUAAGCCCAGCAUCCUGUUUUCAUAGUGGCUGACCACAAGCAGGUCCUGAACACAACAGCACUUUCCCCACCUGCAAUUCCCAGCAGCUGGUAUUCAGAGAUGUGUCACCUCUGACAGUGAAGGUAGAACAUAGCCAUCAUGCCUAGUAGCCAUUGAUUUGCAAAGUGCCAACACAUUUUUAGAAAUCAAGUAACAAUAAAACAAUUCAGGCAUUGUAUAAAUGUUAUGGUCGUAAAACAGAGAACAAAUGGCCAAAGUUGAGACAAAUUAAUUCUCUAAAAAGUACUUAGUGAAAUGGAAAUGUUUUUGGAAAUGUUUCAAGGGGAAGAGUGUUCCAGAGCAUCUGUGCCACUGAACUUCCAUGGACACUAAACAAAAUAUGAGAUACGUGUUGGACACUUGGGGCUUCUCGAGACUGGGAUGAGAUUUUUGUGUGUGUAUUCUGCAACAUGUCAUUGAAUACACACAUAUGCACACAGAGGGCUGCUGCCCCUGCUCACUCAACUCACCAACCCCUCUGCCCCUGUACUUGGCCAACCCUUCCUCCCUUUACAUCUGAGCAAACUCCCUUCCUUUACACCACGUCCACCCCCUUGGUAUCCCCUUUAUAGCUCAUUCCUAGUCCCCCUCCUCACAGCUCACCCCAGCUUCAACCCCCUUUCAAAGGAGAGUGGUAGUUGCUCUCUGAAGUGCCUCCCACUUUCCUUUAUAGUAAGAUAUCAAUUCCUCCAAUUAUUGUAAAAACCUGCAGGUUUUUUAAAUAAAAUAUAUAUGAGAUAUACGGUAUAUUAGAACAGACGAAUAAAAGAAUAAGUUAAAACAAUUUGGAGUAUACAGGAGAGGAUGAAAAUAAAUGUAAGGAACCACAGAAAGAGGGGGAAAGGAGUCAAAAUUGAAAAUGUUAAAACUUGGCAAACAAUGUUGUAAUGUAUAUAAAUGAAAAUUAUGAAUAAUAAUAAUAAAGUUAUCAAUUCCUCCCAGUUCUGUCUAAGGAGAAUUUUAGAUCUUGUUUUCUCAUUUGCCCCCAGGGGUGGACCAUGGUGCAGGGGACAAAGCAGAGCAAAGUUCUGGACCACAGCAGAACCCCAGCACUCACCAUCAAUCACAGCAGCCUGGACUCUGGUAUCUGGCACUCCCAAGCUCUGCUGCCUCCAUCAGCUAUGUCCCCAUGGUUCCCUACCCUCCAGCGUCUAUAAUGUAAGAACCACUCAUUCAGGUCUUUGUUCAGUGAGAAUUCUGAGAGAUAUGACUUUUUCCCUUAUUGUGUUGACCCCAACAAUGGCGAGCCUGUGGCCCUCCAGAUAUUGCUGGACUAAAACUUUCCAUCAAGCUCCAGACAACAUGGACAGUGAUCAGGAGUGAUUGGUGUUGUAGUCCAGCUUCAGUUGUCUGCCUCUAUAAGGUCUCCUACUCUGAUGUUGACUUGUUCCCUGCCACCGAUGCCUCCAAAACUCAUUCGGGAAGGUACCAUUGUUCAGUGAGAGAGGGCAUAUACCUUACCAGCAGAAGUCCCCAAGUCCAGUCCCUAGCACCCCCAGUUACAAGAAUCAGGUAAAAGGAUGAAAAAGGUCCUUGCUCUUCCUGAGAUUCUGGGGAGCUCCUGACCAGUUAGUGCAGACCCAGGGUGGGGAACCUCAGACUCAGGAUCUAAAUGUGCCCCUCUAAGCUUCAGUGUCUGGUCCGCUGGGCUCUCCCAACGCUACACCCCUCACUUAGCCCUACUGCAUACCCCUUCUUGAGUGUUUUUGCCUGGUUGGUUGGUUGGUUGGUUUUUUAACUCUGAUUAUGCCUCUUGCUUACCUGGAGGACGGGGGGGGGGGCAUGAAUGUGUGUAAUAGCAGCCCACUCCACUAAAGUAGCAUUUAUAUUUGUUGUUCUGCCCACUUUAUCCUCUGGCCCUGCCCGUCACUGGCAUGUGGCCCCCAGAAGGUUGCACAGAUGGAAAUGCAGCCCUCUGACUGAAAACCGUCCCCCACCCUGUGUGAGUGUCUGGAGGAGGUUGGAGGAUGGACAGCAGCUAACAGAUCGAGGUCGAAUCCAGACAAGACAGAAGUACAGUGGUACCUCGGGUUACAUACGCUUCAGGUUACAGACUCUGCUAACCCAGAAAUAUUACCUCAGGUUAAGAACUUUGCUUCAGGAUGAGAACAGAAAUCGUGCUCUGGCAGCGCGGCGGCAGCGGGAGACACCAUUAGCUAAAGUGGUGCUUCAGGUUAAGAACAGUUUCAGUUAAGAACAGACAUCCAGAACGAAUUAAGUACUUAACCCAAGGUACCACUGUACUGUUUUGGGGGGACAGAAGGCGGGCAGGUGUAGAGGACUCCCUGGUCCUGAAUGGGGUAACUGUGCCCCUGAAGGACCAGGUGCGCAGCCUGGGAGUCAUUUUGGAAACGCAGCUGUCCAAGGAAGCGCAGGUCAAUUCUGUGUCCAGAGCAGCUGUUUAUCAGCUCCAUCUGGUACGCAGGCUGAGACCCUACCUGCGCGCAGACUGUCUCGCCAGAGUGGUGCACGCUCUAGUUAUUUCUCGCUUAGACUACUGCAAUGCGCUUUACGUGGGGCUACCUUUGAAGGUGACCCAGAAACCAAAACUAAUCCAGAAUGCGGCAGCUAGACUGGUGAUUGGGAAUGGCCGCCAAGACCAUAUAACACCAGUCUUGAAAGACCUACACUGGCUCCCAGUACGUUUCCAAGCACAAUUCAAAGUGUUGGUGCUGACCUUUAAAGCCCUAAACGGCCUCAGUCAAGCAUACCUGAAGGAGCGUCUCUACCUCCAUUGUUCUGCCCAGACACUGAGGUCCAGCGCCGAGGGCCUUCUGGUGGUUCCCUUGCUGCGAGAAGCCAAGUUACAGGGAACCAAGCAGAGGGCCUUCUCGGUAGUGGCACCCGCCCUGUGGAACGCCCUCCCACCAGAUGUCAAAGAGAAAAGUAACUACCAAACUUUUAGAAGACAUCUGAAGGCAGCCCUGUUUAGGGAAGCUUUUAAUGUUUCAUAGGUUAUUGUAUUUUAGUGUUCUGUUGGAAGCCACCCAGAGUGGCUGGGGAAAUCCAGCCAGAUGGGUGGGGUAUAAAUAAUUAUUAUUAUUAUUGUUGUUGUUGUUGUUGUUGUUGUUGUUACCCUUGGUGUGGGCAAUACUGAACUAGAUGCAUAAAUGCUUUCAUCUAGUGUAAAGGUUUAUUCAGACCCUCCCCUUCUUUUUCUCUUCGCCAGCUAUUGUUCUCCACUUGGACCUCAGGUCUCCUCCCCUGCUGCUGUCCCUAGCAGGCCCCAGGCCACAGAGCUGGAAACCUCGGCUUCUCGGCACCAAAUGCAAGAGGGUUCCUGCUGCUCCAUGACUCUGGACUGCGCUGGUCUGCAGGACCUGAACAGGUCUCUGAGCCGUGCCAUAGUAGCUGCGAGAGACAUGAAGCUCACCACCAAGCGGAUCAGCCGGUCUCUGACUUCAGAUUUGAACAAAGGGAGGCACCAGCGGAGAUCCUGCCUCUUUUAGCAAGAGAGCCAAGUGGAUGGACACCUCCUCUACUGGUUUAGCUGGAAUUGCAAAAAAGGGGGGAAAUGGGACUCAGUUCCCCCAAAACAUAACAUGGGAGAGAUAUUCUUGGUCUUUUAUGUGCCAAAGAGCCACCACCAUAGAGCCCCUAACUCACUGUGGAGGUGUCCCAUUUUUGGGUGCCCGACAGCCUCUUAAGCAUUGUGGAGGUGCUCAAGUCUCUAGGCUGUGUGUGGCGCCUGUCUUAAUACACACUGGGAGCCUUCAAAGAUUGUGGAAAGGGACUGCUGCUGCACUUCCCCUUCACUCCCACCCCCUGAACAAGCAACUUAACGUUGUGUCACGAAAGCCAUCUCUGCCCUUAUUUUGCGCGUCUUAAAAGGGCAAAUUUCCAAGCAGUUUGGGGGAAGAUGUAGCAUUUUCGCAGACUAGGGGUAACAGUAGUGGUUUCUUUAUUUUUCCAAUGGACAUUGAGGGUAGUGUAUCUCUCUUAAUGUUGGCAGGGGGUUUGGUGGUGGGUCCUUAGGUCAGCCUUAGAUAUUCCAGUGCUGGGUGUCCUCUACCUGCCUGUUCCUCUUUUCUCACCUUACCUCAACUGUAUUUUGCCUUAAAAAUGAAAGUCUUAAAAGCUCCUUUGGGGGCAUAGUGGCAGAAGCAGAACAUCUUCUGGCACACUGAGGCCAUGUGAAGAUGGUACUUCUUCUCCCCUCGAUUUAUUUUCAGGGAAUUGAAAGGCCCUAUAGGGGGCGGUCAGCAAAUGGCUUGUUGACCAGCAGACAAUUCUGGCACCUGCUGCAGAGUUAUCCCACUUUAGCACCCUUCAUCUCCUAGGAAGAUGAAGAUGAUAUUGGGCAUAAGCAGUGGCCAGUGGCUGUUCAGAGCCUUUAAGGCUAUGCUAUGCCUCUACUGGUGGAACAACUGUGUCUUUGAAUGCCACCUGCUGGGAAAUACAAAUGGUUCUGCUUUUGGACUUCCCACUGGGACAUAUGUUGGUCAUUGGGAAAACAGGAUGCUAAGCUACAUGGGCCAUUGGCUCGAUGCAACAGGGCUCUUACGUUUUUAUCCUGAUUGUCUUGCAGGAAGGUCUACUACCUCCUCCAUGCUGUUGCUGAACUGAUCUCAUUCACUGUAAACAUACAGCACUGUAUCCAAUGUUUGUCAUUCUUAAGAGCAGACUCACUGAAACUAAUGCACGUAACUUAGGUUCAUUAAUUCCGGUGGAACUAGUCUGAAUACAACCCCUAACAGGGUACUGUCUUACUUACAAGGCUCAAUAAGCUGAGAGUAGGACAUAAAAGUUUUUGGGUGGUCCUCUUAAGGGCCGUGAGUCUAUUGCAAUACUUACCUCAGGACUCUUCGUGAUGCAUGAGAGAAAGAGCCAUGGUGAAUUGUUUUCAGAGAUAUGUGUAUAUGUGUUUGGGUGUGUGUAUUUGUUUUUUUUACACGUGUGGUUUCAAUUGCUGUUUGGUUUGGUACUAUGGAAUGGAAACAAUGAGCAUUUUGUAUGUCAACUCUUUUGGGGUUUUUUUGCCUUCAAGAAUGUCUUCAAAAUAUAUUUUGCCAGAAUACUUUUCUCUCCCUCCCCAUUUCCUUGUGCCCAUUAGGUUGUUUGUGUGUGCUUUAAGAACUUUGGGCAAGCAGCCACUCCGAGGUCCAACACAUUGUAGGCAGUUUGCCAAGACCAAAUGCAAUCAAUAAGCAUCGGGGGCAGUAGAUAUAUAACAGUAUCAGACACUUUUUGCUGUCAUUGUCAGGGCAAAGUUGAUCAAUAUUUAAGACAGAAUAGAUAUCAGUGGUGAGCAACCUUCAGCCUGCAGGCCUGAUUAGGCCUGCCCACCCUCCUCAUUUUGCCCACAAGGCUGGUUUGCCCAAGGGGCACUUAUAUUUACAACUAGUGUCAUAUGCAGUAUCAAGAGCAGGAGAGAUAAAGAGGUGUCAGAGCUGGGAGGGAGUUUGUAGGUAGCCCCCAUUAGGUGUCAUAUCAGGGCUUUGCCAGCACCAAUGUUCGGCUGAUCACUGGGUCUUGUAGAAUAUUCCUGUAUUACAUGCAAUAGGAUUCCUUCUGGGCACAUGAUCGCUACCCAGGAAUUUGUGAUCAGUAGCAGAAACAAGCUUCCUCCCACAAACCAACACACAGUUUUCCCCUAGGCAUUCUUUUUCAGCAACCUAAGGCCCACCUGCAUGAUAUAUUGAGGCGGUAUGAAACUGUAUUCAAGCAGUCAUGUGUUCCCCCGAAGAAUCCUGGAAACUGUGGUUUGUUAACGGUGCUGAGAGUUCCUAGGAAAUUCCCUAUUCCCCUCUUUGCAGGAAAUUCUGGGAACUGCAGCUGUGUGGAAAAGCACCUCUCAGCACCCUGAACAAAGUAUGGGUCCCAGGAUUCUUCAGGGGAAGCCACAACUGUUUAAAGUGGUAUAAUGCUGCAGUCAAUGUAUAGUGUAGAUAGGACCUCACCUUUAAGACAGCAGCUUUUGGGUUAUUGUUAUUAGGCCAUUGGGAGUUAGAAGCCCUUGCUGAUCUGUUGGGGCUAACCCAGAGAUUUCCUAGGAGACCCUGUUCUACCUUCUGCCAAUCACUGAAUUGAGCAACCGCUUAAAUGCAGCUGGGAAGUUGAGGCCACCUUGGCUGUUCUUGGUCCUAUCCUCAUUGUUGCUAAUGUUCCAUGCUGCCUGUAGAUUAUGUGAGUUGAGAUGAAAGUGCAGUAAUAACAGGAAUUGGCUGUCAUAAGAUGAGUGCCUUAGAAACAUUGCAACAGAAAGCAAGGGGAAGUGGGCAGCUGAUGAAGGAUGUCUGUGCCAUUUCUCCCCUGACACCUUUUUAAAUUAUAUUUUUUGAAUCUAUAAAUAUACCUUUUUUUAAUAAGAAAAAAAUCAUAAUGACAGAUCCUUCUCAACACUCAUACGAUCUGUAGAAAUGUGCUAAAAUGUGCAUUAUGUUGUAGACAGUUCUCAAAGCACUUUCAGACACAGGGUGUUGGUGUAGGGUGUGUGUGUUUUGCAUUGGAACCAUUACCACAAACAAAAUCACUGUGAAGAUAUGAUAGUUGUAUCUUUUUCAACAUUCCUUU